AUGGAGCCAAAGCACAAAGAGUUGUUAGACCAAUGGCACCAAAACUUGCUGGACUCAAUAACAGACGCAGACCGGUUGAUUGAGUUGCUGAUACUCUCCGGUACUCUGAGCCAGCUCGACCGCUUCGAACUGGACCAAAACUGCUCUUCCUGCGCGGAGAAAGUGGACCACCUAUUGAAGAUGCUUGUGAACAAGGAAAGCGACCAUUUCCUCGAACUGUGUGUGGCCUUGGAGAAGACGUACCCUGAGCUGUAUUCUGCACUCUUUAGUAACGGCGGUGGACCGGUUGACCAUUCGUCUGGUAAGCUACCAUGCACGCAUGCAACACUUUUGCACAUCAAAACGUAGGACGCAUUCUUGCUUCAUUCCUCCACACAACAUUAGAGAUGUUGAAGUGCUACUAUACCCAAAGUCUCGCAGUGCACUUACAGGGUGGUCCCCCGUGCAAUACUUCUAAAAGCUAGUCUACAUAGCAAGAUAAGGCUGUUUCUUUCCAACCCUCUGCACAUGAUCCCUAUGGAUCAUUGACUAGCUAAGUCAUUCUCAUAUGUUUAUUAGUAGAGCAUGUUGACAUUAGGGGUGUUGAUAUGCAGCAUUCAAAGCCAUAAUACCAGAACUCCAGGUCCUUGUGUGGCCCUAGUGGUUUAUUUCAGGAUGGAACUUUUUUUAAGGUGAAAAUUGCUGUGGAAUGAACAAUGUGAUGCUGAAACAGAAUCGAACUUUGGUAACAUUUUAGGUUGUUACUAAAGUUCCAUUCUGUUUCAGCAUCACAUUGUUCAUUCCACAGCAAUAUUUUGCCUUCAAAAAAACCAAAUGAUCACCAGCAGAGGCAUAGAGACCACGGGCUCUAUAACCAGACUCUUAUCACUAUUUAUUAUAGUGCGUGUGGACUCUGCUACUGUGUGGCUAGGCAGUAGAUGCUAAAUGAACACACUUGCCAUUCCUCCUUUUGAAUGAGAAGCAUGCGCUAUGCACUUUCCAAACAUAUCCAGGUCACAACAUAUUUUCAUUACAGUUGCAAUGCACAUAUCCUGUAGUAAAAUCAUGGAGUAGCCUGCAUAGUGGGUCAAUUCUACAAUGUAUAGGAUACAGAUUAUACUAUGUAUAUGAUACAGAUGGGGCUAUUUCACUGUAUGUAGGUACAAUUUUUUCCAUCAAACUAUAAUGAACAGAAAUAUAUACGCAACAAUUUCUGAGUUACAGUUCAUAUAAGGAAAUCCGUCAAUUAAAAUAAAUAAAUUAGUCCCUAAUCUAUGGAUUUCACAUGACUGGGAAUACAGAUAUGCAUCUGUUGGUCACAGAUACCUUAAAAAAAAAAAGUAGGGGCAUGGAUCAGAAAACCAGUCAGUAUCUGGUGUGACCACCAUUUGCCUCAUGCAGCGCGACACAUCUCCUUCGCAUAGAGUUGAUCAGGCUGUUGAUUGUUGCCUGUGGAAUGUUGUCCAACUCCUCUGCAAUGACUGUACGAAGUUUCUGGAUAUUGGUGGGAACAGGAACACGUUGUCGUUCACUUCGAUCCAGAGCAUCCAAAACAUGCUCAAUGGGUGACAUGUCUGGUGAGUAUGCAGGCCAUGAAAAACUAGGACAUUUUUAGCAUCCAGGAAUUGUGUACAGAUCCUUACGACAUGGGGCCGUGCAUUAUUAUGUUGAAACAUGAGGUGAUGGCGGUGGAUGAAUGGCAAGACAAUGGGCCUCAGGACCUCGUCACGGUAUCUAAAUGCAUUCAAAUUGCCAUGGAUAAAAUGCAGUUGUGUUCGUUGUCUGUAGCUUAUGCCUGCCCAUACUAUAACCCCACCGCCACCAUGGGGCACUUGUUCACAACGUUGACAUCAGCAAACCGCUCGCCCACACGAUGCCAUACACGUGGUCUGCGGUUGUGAGGCCAGUUGGAUUUACUGGGAAAUUCUCUAAAAUUACAUUGGAGGCGGCUUAUGGUAAAGAUAUGAACAUUAAAUUAUCUUGCAACAGCUCUGGUGGACAUUCUUGAUGUCAGCAUGCUGAUUGCACGCUCCCUCAACUUGAUACAUCUGUGGCAUUGUAUUGUGUGACAACUGCACAUUUUAGUGUCCUUUUAUUGUCCCCAGCACACGGUGCACCUGUGUAAUGAGCAUGCUGUUUAAUCAGCUUCUUGAUAUGCCACACCUGUCAGGUGGAUGGAUUAUCUUGGCAAAGGAGAAAUGCUCACUAACAGGGAUGUAAACACAUUUGUGGCCAAAAUCUGAGAGAAAUAAGCUUUUUGUGAGUAUGGAACGUUUCUGGGAUCUUUUAUUUCAGCUCAUGAAACAUAGGAUGAACACUUUACAUGUUGCGUUUAUAUUUUUGUUCAGUGUAAUUCAAUUGUCCUUUUUACUUGAAGUUUAUUAGGGGAAAUGAAAUGCAGUAGCCUAUUCUGUGUAGGGUUAGAUGACAAUUUCCCAAGUUGUCAUCAAUGGUUUGCAAUACUAAUAUCAUCUAAUUUACGUUCGAAGACAAGUUCUUCCUGGCUCUUAUAUUAUACGCUCACAGAUAGCCUGACUUGUUUCCAUGGAAACGCUCUCGCGGCUGAUGUGCCCUUUCAUAUCGACCCUAGCGUGGCAUGCAUGCGUAUAACCAUGCUUAUAAAUCAGUAACAGGGCGCCAGUCAUAUUCUCUAUUUUCCAUUGUACAGUAGUAUGCAUAUAAGCUAGUACUAUACCCCCAGUUAUUGUCCUACAAGACCAGGGGUCCCCAAUUACAUUCAGCCGUGGGCUGUUUUUUAAUUUUGUAUUGGUGAACCCUUUACUAGACCAUUUUAAAAUGUUGCAUCUGAAUGACACAUUCAUUCAGCCUGUAUGUACUUUCUCAAAAUAAAGGCUGAAACCAACCGUUCCCAGGCAGUUUAAAGGUGGACUACAGUUGACUCCUGAUAAGUGCACAUCAUAUGUAUGCAUUAGGGAUGAUCUUUCCCUUUCAAGACGAUGCAUAUCUAGAUACGUACAGGAACGAUACGAUUUGGUUUGAUUAGAGAUUGAAUCGAUUCGAUGCACUAACAUUUGUUGCAUUAACGCAUACAUUUUCCAUUCUAAAUUAUAAUCUGCUUCUGAUGGAGCUCAUGAAUGAGCUGGUUCUCUAAAUGAUGUAUGUCUAUGGUAUAUACUAUGUAGGCAUCUGAUCUGAGGUAUAAUGGAGACUAGGCAUCUACCACCCCACUAUCAGAAUUGUUUUUUUUUUUGGGGGGGGGGGGGGGGGGGCAAAGCAGUUUAUGUUUUUUGGCCCCCCACUUUGGUAUUGAAUUUGCCAUCACACACGAAUUAACUUGUUUAUCGUUUGCAAAUUAGCUAUGACAUAGCCAAUGAAUAUAUACAGUGCCUUCGGAAAGUAUUCAGACCCCUUUGACUUUGUCCACAUUUUGUUAGGUUGCAGCCUUAUUCUAAAAUUGAUUAAAUUGUUUUCAAUCUACACACAAUACCCCAUAAUGACAAAGCAAAAACACGAUUUUAGAAAUGUUUGCUAAUUUAUAAAAAAUAGGAAAAUGAAAUAUAAUAAUUACAUAAGUAUUCAGACCUUUUACUCAGUACUUUGUUGAAACACCUUUGCCAGCGAUUACAGCCUUGAGUCUUCUUGGGUAUGACGCUACAAGCAUGGCACACCUGUAUUUGGGGAGUUUCUCCCAUUCUUCUCUGCAGAUCCUCUCAAGCUCUGUCAGGUUGGAUAGGGAGCGUCGCUGCACAGCUAUUUUCAGGUCUCUCCAGAGAUGUUAGAUCGGGUUCAAUUCCGGGCUGUGGCUGGGCCACUCAAGGACAUUCAGAGACUUGUCCCGAAGCCACUCCUGCGUUGUCUUGUCUGUGUGCUUAGGGUGGUUGUCCUGUUCGAAGGUAAACCUUCUACCCAGUCUGAGGUCCUGAGUGCUCUGGAGCAGCUUUUCAUUAAGGAUCUCUGUACUUUGCUCCGUUCAUCUUUCCCUCGAUCCUGACUAGUCUCCCAGUCCCUGCUGCUGAAAAACAUCCCCACAGCAUGAUGCUGCCACCACCAUGCUUCACUGUAGGGAUGGUGCCAGGUUUCCUCCAGACGUGACGCUUGGCAUUCAGGCCAAAGAGUUCAAUCUUGGUUUCAUUAUACCAGAGAAUCUUGUUUCUCAUGGUCAGGGUCCUUUAGGUGCCUUUUGGCAAACUCCAAGCGGGCUGUCAUGUGCCUUUUACUGAGGAGUGGCUUCCGUCUGGCCACUCUACCAUAAAGGCCUGAUUAGUGGAGUGCUGCAGAGAUGGAUGUCCUUCUGGAAGGUUCUCCCAUCUCCACAAAGGAACUCUAGAGCUCUGUCAGUGUUCUUGGUCACUUCCCUGACCAAGGCCAUUCACCCUCGAUUGCUCAGUUUGGCCGGGCGGCCAGCUCCAGGAAGAGUCUUGGUGGUUCCAACCUUCUUCCAUUCAAGAAUGAUGGAGGCCACUGUGUUCUUGGGGACCUUCAAUGCUGCUGAAUGUUUUUGGUACCCUUCUCCAGAUCUUUGCCUAGACACAAUCCUGUCUCGGAGCUCUACGGACAAUUCCUUCGACCUCAUGGCUUGGUUUUUGCUCUGACAUGCACUGUCAACUGUGGGACCUUUAUAUAGACAGAUGUGUGCCUUUCCAAAUCAUGUCCAAUCAAGUUGUAGAAACAUCUCAACGAUGAUCAAUGGAAACAGGAUGCACCUGAGCUCAAUUUCGAGUAUCAUAGCGACGGGCCCUGAUAUAUAUUUCUAUUUUUUGUUUUUAAUAAAUGUGCAACAAUGUCUAAACCUGUUUUUGCUUUGUCAUUAUGGUGUAUUGUGUGUAGAUUGUUGAGGUAAUUGUUUUAUUUAAUCCAUUUUAGAAUAAGGCUGUAACGUAACAAAAUGUGGAAAAAGUCAAGUUGUCUGAAUACUUUCCAAAGGCGCUGUAGCACAACUUUGGAGAGAGAAAGACUUUCAUUAUGUUGAGGCGCUAACACAAGUCUUCAGGUCCCACGCAAGUUCAAAUAAAAUGCAAUUUUAUUUGUCACAUGCUUUGUAAACAACAGAUGUAAACUAACAGUGAAAUGCUUACUUAUGGGCAGAGAAAAAUAAACCAUCUUUUAAACUUGCAACCUUGGUGUUUUAAUGCUGUAGAUGAGAGGCGCUGCAGCAGGGCUGUAUGUAUGUAACCUUGACUGUGUCCCACAAUGCCCCCUAUUCCCUUAUGGAGUGCACUACUUUUGACCAGAGCCCUAUGGGCCCUAGUCAGUAGUUCACGAAAUUGAGGAUAUGGUGUAGGCCGUCAUUGUAAAUAAGAAUUUGUUCUUAACUGACUUGCCUAGUUAAAAAAGGUUCAAUAUUAUUUAUUUUUAAAUGGUCCCAUGUAGUACGCAGCCCUAGUGAGUCCAUGGUGGUUAUUCACCAGAGCAUUAGCUCUACUCUGCCUGCCUGUUGUAAUGUGUCUCUGUGAGACGUGUAUCAUCAUGCCUCCACUGCCCUCUCCUCUGUAUUAACUCCUCUGCUGCCUCAGCACAGAGAGAGGGAGGCAGCUGUAGUCAAGGUAAUCAGAGGGAUUUUUGAAUGCUUUUCAAGUGCAGCGAUUCAGGCUGAUGCGAUUACAGCGUUUAACCAGGCUGCCUGGCUGCUGAGAGAGCGGAGUCGAGCCUCCUAGUUGCUCCAGGCAGAGAAAGAGAGGGAGCGUAGAGAUGAAAGACUUAGCUCCUGUGUGUGUGUGAUCUGCGCUGAUAGCAACCUGCUCUCAAGCCGUCCUCUCAUACUGAUAUACUCUCCUUUCCUCGCUGGCAGACUCCUCCCUUCACUGAGACACACAGUGCAUGCAUCAUACACUGUACAAACACACACAAGACACACCCCUCUAACUUAAAGGCGGACCCACGCUUGCACGCACGUAGACAGUGACGGUAGUGGAGGAGGAGCGGGUCUUUGGUUCUCCUUCUCCAACCCUCCUAAUAUGGCUGCUGUAGGAAACAUGGAGAAAUGUACCUUCAUUUCAUGCACCAUUAGCAUAAUUGAAUCUCAGAUUAUGAAAAGCUUUAUUAAAGGUUCAAAUCCAGGGAUAUGCCACAUCAUUGCGCAAAACGCAGGGCCCUAAUGCCACGUUUGUUUUAUGUGAAUUCUUUCAAUGGGAUAUUAAAUCUAUCAAUCCGUCAAACUACCAAUAUGAGAAUUGUGUUUUAUAUUUAGUCAAUGUGAGAUUAUAUAGCCUAAGUAGAUCACCAGUAUCUUUGCCUUGUAUAACAAACCAUGCUAUAGCAUUUCAAGCUGAUUUCAUUCAUACACAUUUAGUGCAAUAGGCCUAAUCAAAACCAAUUUCAUGCCUCCUAGUCCUCUGCAGUGCUUUUAGACUUCUCCUAGUCCUCUGCAGUGCUUUUAGACUCCUCCUAGUCCUCUGCAGUGCUUUUAGACUUCUCCUAGUCCUCUGCAGUGCUUUUAGACUUCUCCUAGUCCUCUGCAGUGCUUUAAGAGACUUCUCCUAGUCCUCUGCAGUGCUUUUAGACUUAUCCUAGUCCUAUGCAGUGCUUUUAGACUUAUCCUAGUCCUCUGCAGUGCUUUGUAAGAGACUUCUCCUAGUCCUCUGCAGUGCUUUGUAAGAGACUUCUCCUAGUCCUCUGCAAUGCUUUGUUAAGAGACUUCUCCUAGUCCUCUGCAGUGCUUUGUUAAGAGACUUCUCCUAGUCCUCUGCAGUGCUUUGUAAGAGACUUCUCCUAGUCCUCUGCAGUGCUUUGUUAAGAGACUUCUCCUAGUCCUCUGCAGUGCUUUGUAAGAGACUUCUCCUAGUCCUCUGCAGUGCUUUGGUGUUUCACCUAUAGAGUAGUUAUACCUGUAUAGGCCUCUUGCUCUCUCCACUGACUGACUGACUGACUGUGACGUUGAUUUAAACACACACAAAGAGGAGGGCGUGAUGCAAUGCUCCCUGACAGGAUGCUGUGUCUGUGUCCACACAUCUCCUGCUCUCUCUGUGUGUGUAUAUAGAAGAUGGACCAUUGCCUCUGGGCGACUGUGCUACACCUCAACUCGGCUCAGGUGUGUGCUGUGUACUCUGAAAACACCUGUUUUUACAACUGCUGAUCUGUGGUGAGGUGAGAGCCCGUCAUUAAGAGAAGACCUCUCUUUCUCUCCCCGUUUCUCUCUUUCUAUGCCCUUAUCUCUCUUUUUUUUGUCUCUUCCUCAGACUUAGCUUCUGUUUUUUAAGUGUAGCAGGCCCAAAGUGCCCAAUCAGCAGCUUGCUGUUCUCUGUGUGUGUGUGUACGGACUAGGACAGGACCAGUGGGUCUGUCUGUCUGUCUGCCUGCCUGUCGACCCGUGUCUCACUCCCGGCAGCACAUAAACCAUGGGGACGCAAUGAGUUAUGUCCUGACACUGUGCCACUACUACCAACCAAUGCUCUUAUCUCUCUCCUGGGAUCUGACUACUGUAGCGCCUAGCUACAAUCGCUCUGUUUCUCUAUCUUUCCUCUCCCCCUUUCUCUCCCUGCAUGUCUCUAGAUUAGGCCAUCAAUCCAUCCAUCGUACACCCAGCCUGUCUGCUGGAUAUGAAGUCAUUUCCUAGGCCUUCCGUUAUACUACAUGUCACUGGGCAGUUUGUCUAUUGUACUACCGUGGUGUAUCCACUCUAGCAUAACGGGUUACAACUAGGGGUUGGAAGUUGGGAUCCUUAACGUUAAGAAAAAUCCAGAACCGAAAAACGAUUUUUCAUAAUUAAAAUCACAGUGCAUUAUCACAAAACCAUAUUUUCCGUGUUAUAGCCUAACUAGAUUAUAUGGCUAUAAAGGCCUGGGGAAUCUAAAUAAAGCCAGAGGCAAACUUUAGACUACUUUGGUGAAUUUGCGAGGCAUGAAAGAUAAUUAAGACAUUGCGAGAUGCAGAUUACCAAGACGUAUGCGCACGGUUCUGCCUGCCUCCUCUCUUUCUCCCUCGCCCUGGCCUGCCUGCCCCUCAUCUCUCUCCCUCCCUCGCCCUGGCCUGCCUGCCCCUCAUCUCUCUCCCUCCCUCGCCCUGGCCUGCCUGCCCCUCAUCUCUCUCCCUCCCUCGCCCUGGCCUGCCUGCCCCUCAUCUCUCUCCCUCCCUCGCCCUGGCCUGCCUGCCCCUCAUCUCUCUCCCUCCCUCGCCCUGGCCUGCCUGCCCCUCAUCUCUCUCCCUCCCUCGCCCUGGCCUGCCUGCCCCUCAUCUCUCUCCCUCCCUCGCCCUGGCCUGCCUGCCCCUCAUCUCUCUCCCUCCCUCGCCCUGGCCUGCCUGCCCCUCAUCUCUCUCCCUCCCUCGCCCUGGCCUGCCUGCCCCUCCUCUCAAUUCAAUUUAAGGGCUUUAUUGGCAUGGGAAACGUAUGUUAACAUUGCCAAAGCAAGUGAAGUAGAUAGUAAACAGUAAAUAUUAACAGUAACAUUCCACUCAGAAAAGUUCCAAAAGAAUAAAGACAUUUCAAAUGUCAUAUUAUGUGCAAAUAUUUAAAGUACAAAAGGGAAAAUAAAUAGCUCAGUUGGUAGAGCAUGGCGCUUGCAAUGCCAGGGUUGUGGGUUCGAUUCCCACGGGGGGCAGUAUGAAAAAUGUAUGCACUCACUAACUGUUAAGUCGCUCUGGAUAAGAGUGUCUAAAUGACUAAAAUGUAAAAUAUUUACAGUGGUGUUUGUUGUAAUCAAAUUUUAUUUGCCACAUGCGCCGAAUACAACAGGUGUAGACAUUAAAGUGAAAUGCUUACUUACAAGCCCAUAACCAACAAUGCAGUUCUUCACUGGUUGCCCUUUACUUGUGGAAACAGGUCACUAAUCUUGCUGCUGUGAUUGCACACUGUGGUAUCUCACUCAAUAGAUAAUGGAGUUUACCAAAAUUGGAUUUGUUUUUGAAUUCUUUGUGGGUCUUUGUAAUCUGAGGGAAAUAUGUCUAAUAUGGUCAUACAUUUGGCAGGAGGUUAGGAAGUGCAGCUCAGUUUCCACCUUGGCGGCCUUUCUCAAUAGUAAGCAAUGGCCUCUCUCUCCCUCGCGCUGGCCUGCCUGCCCCUCUCUCUCUUCCUUGCGCUGGCCUGCCUGCCCCUCUCUCUCCCUCGCGCUGGCCUGCCUGCCCCUCUCUCUCUCUCCCUUGCGCUGGCCUGCCUGCCCCUCUCUCUCUCUCCCUUGCGCUGGCCUGCCUGCCCCUCUCUCUCUCUCCCUCGCGCUGGCCUGCCUGCCCCUCUCUCUCUCUCUCGCUCCCUCGCGCUGGCCUGCCUGCCCCUCUCUCUCUCUCGCUCCCUCGCGCUGGCCUGCCUGCCCCUCUCUCUCUCUCCCUCGCGCUGGCCUGCCUGCCCCUCUCUCUCUCUCCCUCGCGCUGGCCUGCCUGCCCCUCUCUCUCUCUCCCUUGCGCUGGCCUGCCUGCCCCUCUCUCUCUCUCCCUCGCGCUGGCCUGCCUACUCUUUCUUUUUAUCAAUGAAGGGGCCAGUCUUAAGAGCACGGGGUAGGCUACUCUUAGUUGCAGACUGGGUAGGGGUGUUUUUGUCUCAUGAAAUGAAAUUACAGUAGGCUACCGGUAUAGCCUGUAUCGAUUACCCUUUUCAGAUAUAAUGGUAUGUGCCCCCUUGAAAGCACCUCGGCUACGGCAUGUUUGUUUUUCUGUUAGGGUAGGCUACACUACAGCUUUUUAAACACCGAUGCAAAACCUUCUCUGUAGACAUGAACGGCAUUUUACUUGUCUGUAAAAUAAUGCCACUUCUGAAGCGGAACAAACUUCCAUCACUAAGUGACCAGAACUGUCAAUCCUAGCCUGCCUGCUGCCUGCGUGCAGACCACUCUUUCCUUUGUUAAAUAUCAUGACUUACUAAGACAUUUAGUAGAAAGAAAGCACAUCUAGCUACCCUACUAUUAGAAAUCUGCAUAAACAAAACAGCAGGACAUCAAUCAGCAACUUUAAUUGUUGUCAGGGAAACAAUAGAACAUUGUAUGCCGGAGCAAAAUUAUACUGUCAGAAAAGGUACAGACACUUCUGAAAAGCGUCUGUACCUUAUCCACAUGUUGGGCCUCCCAUGUGGCGCAGCGGUCUAAGGCACUGCAGUGCUUGAGGCGUUACUACAGAUCGGGGUUCGAUCGCGACCGGGAGACCCAUGAGGCGACGCACAAUUUGCCCAGCGUCGUCUGGGUUAGUGGAGGGUUUGGCCGGCCGGGAUGUCCUUGUCCCAUCGCGCUCUAACAACUCCUUGUGGGGGCCGGGCGCAUGCACGCUGACUUCGGUCGCCUACGGUGUUUCCUCCGACACAUUGGUGCGGCUUGCUUCCGGGUAAAGCGAGCAGAGUGUCAAGAAGCAGUGUGGCUAGUCAGGGUCGUGUUUUGGAGGACGCAUGGCUCUCGACCUUCUCCUCUCCCGAGUCCGUACGGGAGUUGCAGCGAUGGGACAAGACUGUAACUACCCAUUGGAUACCACGAAAUCGGUACAUGUUACUAUACUUUGUUCUGUCUGUAAAGUGUAGAUAUAACUUAAUUGCCCGGCCCUAGCGGUCAUAUGUAAUUGGAUUAUUGUUCUGCAUUGUGAAUUAUGAUUUUUUUCCCUUAUCGUUUUCAUAGAAAACAAUUUCUUUUUUUUGGUAUAUAUUUCUUAAUGGCUCUUUUAAAAGCUAAUAUUUUUUCCCCAUUUGUCACAUCCCAAGUUACAACUAAAAUUGGUAAAGAUUGCUCUAUUUUGUCAGAAAAAUGUUUUAUAUAGAUUAUAGGAAAUUACUAGACUUGUAGCAGGAACGAUCAUUGCUGGAGGUGUUGUGACUGCCUGUCAAGGCGUCAGUGUAAUGCGGUAGGACGAAGUCAGGCGCAGGACACAGAGCUAAUUGAAAAACGUACUUUACUCGUAGGUAUCUUAAAGAACAAACCUCCACGCAGGGAGGAACACACCCGCUCACAUACGACAACCAAAACAUGGACAAACACGCACAACACACAGUGUGAGCCAGAGGGUGAAUUAGGGAAGACAUAAUUACAUGAUGGGAAACAGGUGAGACCAAUACAGACAAAACAAGUAGAACAUAGAAACAUGGAUCGGUAGCAGCUAGUACUCCGGUGACGACGAACGCCGAAGCCUGCCCGAGCAAGGAGGAGGGGCAGCCUCGGCUGAAUUCGUGACACAGCCCACUUAUGUUGGCCAUCUGAUUAAGGCCACAAGAUUGACCUGUGUUUUAACCGGGUCAGUGGUGCCAUCGUCCCAAUUGAACUAAAUUGAUCUCUGUUAGAUCAUUUAAAGGUGUGAACUGAAUGCCUUGCCCCUUUGUUUUCAAUGCAGUGGGCUGAUGUAAAUGUUGACUUGGAAGUGGUGAGAGAGGUGGUCUCUCCUCUCCUUGAUCUGAAUGCUGUGUGUGUGUGUGUGUGUGUGCAUGGUUUGUGUUGUGACUGUGCCAGAAGGCAGAGCAGCAUUAAGAACAGGGCUUCAUGACCGUUUACACGUGUUGUUGCUGUGCUUCCUAAUCACCCUGUGAGGCAGAGGAAAUGCCACGGUCUAAAUGCUCUGUGUGGUGAGGUCAUGGUAAUAAACAGACAGAGCUACUCUCCUCUACCCCUUUCUCUCUCUCCCCCUCUCUCUCUCUCCCCCUCUCCUCUCAUCUCAUGUGCUUUAUUGGCAUGGGAAACGUGUGUUAACAUUGCCAAAGCAAGUGAAGUAAACAAAAGUGAAAUUAACAAUAAAUAUUAGCAGUAAACAUUACACUCAGAAGUUUCAAAAGAAUAAAUACAUUUCAAAUGUCAUAUUAUGACUAUAUACAGUGUUGUAAUGAUGUGCAAAUAGUUAAAGUACAAAAGGGAAAAUAAAUAAAGAUAAAUAUUACAAACAUGUAAUGGUGUUUGUUCUUCACUGGUUGCCCUUUUCUUGUGGCAACAGGUCACAAAUCUUGCAGCUGUCUGUACAUAGUCAAAGCUUUCCUUCAUUUUGGGUCAGUCACAGUGGUCAGAUAUUCUGCCACUGUGUACUCUCUGUUUAGGGCCAAAUAGCAUUCUAGUUAGCGCUGUUUUUUUGUUUUGUCAAUUCUUUCCAAUGUGUCAAGUAAAUCUCUUUUUGUUUUCUCAUGAUUUGGUUGGGUCUAAUUGUGUUGUUGUUGUUGUCCUGGGGCUCUGUGGGGUCUGUUUGUGUUUGUGAACAGAGCCCCAGGACCAGCUUACUUAGGGGACUCUUCUCCAAGUUCAUCUCUCUGUAGGUGAUGGCUUUGUUAUGGAAGGUUUGGGAAUCGCUUCCUUUUAAGUGGUUAUAGAAUUUAACGGCUCUUUUCUGGAUUUUGAUAAUUAGCGGGUAUUGGCCUAAUUCUGCUCUGCAUGCAUUAUUUGGUGUUUUUCAUUGUACACAAAGGAUAUUUUUGCAGAUUGGAGAAAUGAGUCCCUUGUCAAAAGCCAAGGGUGACGUAAUCAGCAGGACUGCGGCCCCAGAGGACCCGAGCAAUGCACUUCUGCUAUAGAGAUUUUAUGAGCUGCUAGCAUAGUUUGUUUUUUCAACAUUAACAGUGGACGUCAACCCAUGGCACCAGCUUGCUGCUCAGAAAGUACUUUUCUCACUUACACUGACUUCUAGUAUUCUUCAGGGUUAAAGCACCACUAGCUCGACUGAUAAUAGGCUGUGUGUUCGCUGUAAUGCAAGUAGGGGCAUUACUGGACAAGCUAGACUGUUGCUGUUCAGCAUUUCUGAUGGAGCUUAUUGUCUGGGGUGAAGGCCAAGUGCCUAUCUUUCUGCUAGAGGAUCGGAGCGCAGCUCAUCUCAUUGCGUCUCAAUAUUCAAACUCUUUACCCCAGCCAAGUCCCAGAUCUAGAAAUGUAAAUCUAUACUUGGUCAUUUUUAUGCUAAAUGCCAGCGACCAUAAUAGUUGGCAAUACAGCACUUGAGAGAUCUAGAACCAGGCUAACUUUAGCCAGCCUCGACUCCUUCAGUGCUCAAAAGAUCUGAAAUGACUGGAUAGGUAUAAGCUAGAUAUUGAUCAUGGCACUGUGUUGUUGUAAACCUCUGGUAAGUUACAGUGCCUUCGGAAAGUAUUCAGACCCCUUGACUUUUUCCAUAUUUUCUUACGUUACAGCCUUAUUCUAAAAUGGAUUAUAUAAAUAAAAAUGUGCAAUCGACACACAAUACCCCAUAAUGACAAAGCGAAAACAGGUUUUUAGAAAUGUUUGCACAUUUAUUUAAAAUAAACUACAUUAUUUACGUAAGUAUUCAGACCCUUUGCUAUGAUACUCGGAAUUGAGCUCAGGUCAUUGAUCAUCCUUGAGAUGUUUCUACUAAUUGAUUGGAGUCCACCUGUGGUAACUUCAAUUGAUUAGACAUUAUUUGGAAAGGCAAACACCUGUCUAUAUAAGGUCCCACAGUUGAUAGUGCAUGUCAGAGCAAAAACCUAGCCAUGUCUAAGGAAUUGUCCGUAGAGCUCCGAGACAGGAUUGUGUCGAGGCACAGAUCAGGGGAAGGGUACCAAAAAAUGUCUGCAGCAUUGAAGAUCCCCAAGAACACAGUAGGCCUCCAUCAUUCUUACAUAGAAUAAGUUUGGAACCACCAAGACUCUUCCUGGAGCUGGCCGCCCGGCCAAACUGAGCAAUCGGGGGAGAGGGGCCUUGGUCAGGGAGGUGACCAAGAACCUGAUGGUCACUCUGAUAGAGCUCCAGAGUUCCUCUGUGGAGAUGGGAGAACCUUCCAGAAGGACAACCAUCUCUGCAGCACUCCACCAAUCAAGCCUUUAUGCCAGAUGGAAGCCACUCCUCAGUAAAAGGCACAUGACAGCCCGCUUGGAGUUUGCUAAAAGGCACCUAAAGACUCUCAGACCAUGAGAAACAAGAUUCUCUGGUCUGAUGAAACCAAGAUUGAACUCUUUGGCCUGAAUGCCAAGCGUCACGUCUGGAGGAAACCUGGAACCAUCCCUACGGUGAAGCAUGGUGGUGGCAGCAUCAUGCUGUGGGGAUGUUUUUCAGCGGCAGGGACUGGGAGACUAGUCAUGAUCGAGGCAAAGAUGAACGGAGCAAAGUACAGAGAGAUCCUUGACGAAAACCUGCUCCAGAGCAUUCAGGACCGCAGACUGGGUUAAGGUUCACCUUCCAACAACCCUGAGCACACAGCCAAGACAACGCAGUAGUGGCUUUGGGACAAGUCUCUGAAUGUCCUUGAGUGGCCCAGCCGGAGCCCAGACUUGAACCCUAUCGAACAUCUCUGGAGAGACCUGACAAUAACUGUGCAGCGACGCUCCCCAUCCAACCUGAUAGAUCUUGAGAGAAUCUGCAGAGAAGAAUGGGAGAAACUCCCCAAAUACAGGUGUGCCAAGAUUGUAGUGUCAUACCCAAGAAGACUCAAUGCUGUGAUCGCUGCCAAAGGUGCUUCAACACAGUACUGAGUAAAGGGUCAGAAUACUUAUGUACAUUUUUAUAAAUUAGCAAAAAUGUCUAAACCUGUUUUUGCUUUGUCAUUAUGUGGUGUUGUGUGUAGAUUGAUGAGGGGGAAAAAACGAUUUAAUCAAUUUUAGAAUAAGGCUGUAACGUAACAAAGUGGAAAAAGUCAAGGGGUCUGAAUACUUUCCGACAGCACUGUAUAUAGAGGUUCCUCCACGUUAGUCUUUUCAGAUAUUUGAAUAAUGAACGAAGUGGGACUAGGCGAACAACCACACCACUUCUGUUUGUCAUUUAGGAUGAUGUUUUAUUCUAAAGCUGUUAGGCUACAUUCCACUGAUAUUCAGGACACGACUGCUCUGUGAUGAUGUUUAGUUUGAAUUUCAGUCCUUCUGAGGUCUCAGAUUUGUUUGAAACUCUGUUGUUAUUGGCCAAGUUCAGGAUGUACCAUCCCGUUUUCCUUGUACUGACCACGACCCUGCAGACUCUUCUGGUCAUGUGACCCAUUGCCAUGCAUGGCCUUCUUGUGAGAGACAGGCCCCCUGAAAUAGUCCUUCCAGGCCCAGCCAAACAGCAGUGGCUUUCUCUAUCUCACAGACACACACUCACACAGACAGUCUGUUCCUGAAUUCAGACACAAAGUGAGUGGAGCUGAUGGUGGUUAAUUAAGCAAUAAGGCCCGAGGGGGUGCAGCAGUAAGGGCUCGAACCACCCAGUUUAUAAUACAGAAUAUCAGAUGGAGUAUUGUUUUGGUAAUGUAACAAUAAUAACCUUCCUUCCCUUGAACUUUUGUUCUUCUUCUCUCGUCCUCAGGAAGAGAAUGCCUUGCAUCAGAUCAUUAGUUUCUGGGUUGUCGAGAUCUUAAGAUAGAAAGUGUUCGAAAUAGUAGAAUCCAAUUCCUCAGGUAAUCACAUAUACACAUACUAAGAUUUUGGGGUAGUUGGUGCAUUUCUAAAUGAGAAUUAUCUGGAUGGCUUCAUACAUUAUUUAGUCACAGUUGACAGCGGCACCGGACUCUGAUAAGGAUGAGGGGAACACGCUCUGUCGUUCCUCGCCAAUCUUCCUAUUCUACCCUUUUCUUAUUUUUGCCACAUUGCAGAAUUUAGUAUUCCUCCACUUCAUGGAAAGAUAAUCUGGUCGUAUGGAGCAAAAACUCUUGGCCCUGGGGGGAGAGGAGUGAUGAGUGGGAGACAUGGAGGGAGUCGGGGAGAGGAGAUGGGCCUUUGUUCUAGUAUCCCUGUCUAGCUCAGGUCUCACAGUACUGUAUCCUACUGGAUGUUUAAAUACGCUGGAUUUUCCAUGGCUGUGUUCACGAUCACAACACGUCUUCCUAAAGUGUGCUUUGCUCACUCACCUUCAGUGAAAAAGCAUUGGAUGUUGUUGAGAGAAAGUGAACGAGUGCACACUUUGGGUUGCGUUCUGAUUCCCCACACUUCUUCCUAAAGUGUCCACUUACUCACUGCCCCCUCACGGCAAGUGCACACUUCAGGAUAGAAGGGUAGAGAAUUGGACUGUCUGCAGCCUAAGUGCCGACCACUAGAUAUUUUACAUCUCUAAUACAUGCACUAUUUAUUGAUGCGGUCAGCUUGUUCACAAAUGAUCAGCCCAGCUGAAUGAGGCUAAGGUCUAAUUGCUAUUGAUGAUAAAGGGCCUGUUUUAAGAGGUCUAUCGCUGCCGACUCUUCCAACACCGGAUGGCCUGCUACCAUUCAAUAUUCUACUGCAUUCAUUGGCCUGCUUCGAGAGGCUUACAGUGUAGACUAUGUCGCCACUAUUCAGUCUUCUCAAUUUCAUAAAUUUCUAGCCUAUAGGCUAGGCCUACUUUUUCUCAAUUUCCAUACUGUGUCUUCUAACUUACUGUGUCUUUAUCUUUGAAUUAAAGUCAGGAUCUAACAGGCAAGCCGCCAGUAUAUAAAAUCUGUAGUGAGCAGUGAUGAUGAGUAUUACAUUAUUACAAGUGAUUUGGUCUACGCAAUGUGGCAUGACAUGCUGGUCCGAGAGGGGACUGAUUACUUAGAAUCAAUUAAUUUUUGUGUUCUGGGGCUGUUCUGUUCAAAUCACACAUCUCCCAGACCUGUUCUUGUAUUAGUAAAAAUGUUUGUCUAGCAAAAAAGCCUUAGACUUCCAUGUAAGAAGAUGACUUAUCCCCUAGCUGAGCAGCAAGAGUUCCAGUGUAACAUAAAAAAGUAGUAGCUUAGUCUUCCAGAUCUGACACAAUAAACAUUUUUAAAAGUGUAGCCUACUACCUUUUAAAUGUAUCUGGGAAAAUGAGUUAAAAGUGUGUAAGAACCACCUGGCUUCAGUGUGCAGCAGACUGGUAGAAGUGUACUAGGCUCUGCGCGGUUCUCAUGUCAGCUGUAACAAUGUGAAAUCCUCUGAAUAUGUUCCCCAGUGGAGAGCAGUGAGCACAGGGCUUCAGGGAGUGUCAGAACAGACUCUUCUACCUUCAUUUCAUUUCUAAUCUCUCGCUCCACCCCCAGCUAAUGAGGUUAGGCCUUGUCUGUUCUGCAGGCUUGGUGUUGUAAGGGCUUAUGCCGACACAGCAGAUUUGGGAUAAUGGGAUUUGAUCGAUGCCCUCUUGAUGUUAUUACUCCCUUUCUGAGAUUUUUCUGCCAUUGAAAUCCUUAGUUUUUUUUUCGGGUCACCUAAAUCCAAAUUGUACAAAAACGCUUUUGUUAACUUAAACAACUUAAACCAGAUAUAAAGAAUGUAGAGAAGAUAAUGGACCUAUAUAUUUUUAGAUGUCGUGCAAAAGAGAAUAUAACAUUGCGGAUAAAGUUCUGAAUGACACAAUUUCAUGUGUACAACAUCUAAAGACGUGCAUCACUAUACUAAGAGCUUUGCCGUUUCUUAAAGGAUGUUGGGGGUGUUUUUGGCCUUUUUGUAUAUGUUUUUUUGAGGGCCCCAUACUACACAAUGAGGAUGAGGAGUGAUUUGCUGUUUGGGGUAAGUUUCUUUAAAACGUGAAAUCACAAAGGUGUCUGGACCCUUCUAUAACAUGCCGUUUACAUAGAGAUUUGGUUGUAAAAAAAAAAAGAUGACUUCUCCUUUAAUUGCAGUCUUAUGCCUGCUUGAAGUUCGACAGAGACACAUCUCAGUUGAUCACAAUAUACCCAUUAGGCUAUAUAUAUAUAUAACCAGCUAUUGUAUAUCAGUUUGGCUUCUUAACACUCAGAGGAGCACUAAACGUUAUGUGGAUAUUUUGUCCUAUGUCAAACCUAACUGAUUCUUAAAGAUGACAACACCAAGGGCUGCUAAUUCAUUUUGUACUGAAGUAAAAAUCCUGAAGUGGAACACUGAGAAUGACGACGUUCUAAGAACUCACUCUACACUCAGCAAAGGGUUAAACCCAUGACAUGUUCACGUGGCCCCUUAGAAAAGACGGUCAGUCUGUUGCGUUGCUGCAGCUAGAGCCGUGAUGUCCAUCAGCAUGACCUUCUAUAGCCCCCCCCCCCCCCUAUGGAUUCCUCUACAUGAAAAUGUAGCCUAGUGGUUAAGAGCGUUAGGCCAGUAACCGAAAGGUCGCUGGUUCGAAUCCCUGAGCCGACUAGGUGAAAAAUCUGUCUGUGCCCUUGAGCAAGGCACUUAACCCUAAUUGCUGCUGUAAAUCACUCUGGAUAAGAGCGUCUGCUAAAUGACUAAAAUAUCAAAGAAUCUCCCUGGGCUUAAAGGCGUCAACAUGCUUCAGUUCAGCUAGGCGAACCAAGCGAGUGUGCUCACAUACACAAAAGACCUUUGCUUGAAAAACAAGAACAAAGCGGUAAUAGUACUGUUUGUCCAUUUUGAGAUGCCGUAGCCAGUAUACACUUCCUCAAAAUAGUCAGAAUGAAUCUAAGAUAACUCAAGAAAUCGGUCAUUAGUUUUGACUUUUUGCCAAGGAGCUCUUACGCUUUGAACACGCCAACUGUUCCAUUGCGCAAAAUAGUAUGCAGCAUUACAUUUACAUCAUUUAGCAGACGCUCUUAUCCAGAGCGACUUACAAAUUGGUGCAUUCAACUUAUGAUAGCCAGUGGGACAACCACCUUUUUCUUUUUAUGGGGGGUGGGGGAAGAAGGAUUACUUUAUACUAUUCCAGGUAUUCCUUAAAGAGGUAGGGUUUCAAGUGUCUCCGGAAGGUGGUCAGUGACUCCACUGUCCUGGCGUCGUGGGGGAGCUUGUUCCACCAUUGGGGUGCCAGAGCAGCGAAUAGCUUUGACUGGGCUGAGAGGGAACUGUGCUUCCGUAGAGGUAGGGGAGCUAGCAGGCCAGAGGUGGAUGAACGUAGUGCCCUCGAUUGGGUGUAGGGUCUGAUCAGAGCCUGAAGGUAAGGAGGUGCCGUUCCCCUCACAGCUCCGUAGGCAAGCACCAUGGUCUUGUAGUAGAUGCAGCAUCAUCUAGAUAUGUGUGCAACAAAAGUUCAACAUUCACCUUCUGCUACCAUUUCUGUCAACCUGUUGAUGCAUACAGUUUGACGCAUACGUUCGAUAAAUCCAACGUAUGCACCACACAGAACGCACUGCAACUGCCUCUGCAACGCAAUGCUGCAAGGCAAACUCAGCGUUCCAUUGGAAAUGAAUGUACUUCUGGUGUACCAAAAUGCAAUGACGCAGUCGGUGUGUUCGAAGCGUUAGUCGCUCAAUUUUAAAUCUAACAAAGAUGUUUGGUGCAGUAUUUUUCAAUGAAACAAUGUGCAUGAAAACGAGUCGUCUCUCGUUGAAUGACAACAGACUUUUAUUGAAGGAUCCCUACUGUUAACCAAUCACAGACGAAGGGGCGUAGACUUCGGCUACCAACUUCGGCUUGCAUCGAGAAAAUGUUGUGUGCCUGAACUUCCGAAAAAACGCUUACCGAAGUCCGAAACGAACAAAAACAUCACAAAAUGUCGUCUCAAUAUAUGCAUGAACUCUCCCGAACUGUUUCGGCUGGGAAGCAUGCAGACACCUUUAGCAGUGUGCAGCACUAUGCAAGUAGGGCAUCAUUGUCCUGAGUGCCGUCUCCAUGUGCUGCUUGACUUCACAUUCUAACCGUGACACUCUGCUUGACUAGCAGGGACAUACAGGAAAUAUACAUAAAAGCAUUAUACUAGGUGCAUGGAGAGGGGACAUGAAUGAAGAUUAGUUCAAAUCAUAAAUGUACAGGAGGAAAGAUUUAUUUGUCCAUUUAUUUCAUGCCUAUUUGUAUUGGGUUAUGUAGCUAACAUUUACAGUAUUAAUUCAUUGAUUGACGAACCUAACCUAUCGUUUCAAGAAUGACUUCAAGGGAAAACACGUAUUAUUUCGGGAUGAUGUCCUUUUUGACUGAUUACUAACGUUGUCUCUUCUCCCCCUCAUCACGGUCUCUGCAGGCUCUACGUACAGUGUUCUCUCCACCAUGCCCUCAGACUCUGAGAGUAGCAGCUCCCUAAGCAGUGUUGGUAAGUAUGGGGCCUAGGACACUUUCUCUCUGUGUGUGUGUGUUUUUAGUUUACCAUGCUACCUCCUUAACAUGCACACUCACUUACUCACUUUUGCAGCCAGAGCUUGACAGGGGUUCAAAUGACUCAGCGCAUCACUGGGUGUUACGUAAACCCUUAAGGGCCCAACCUGGUUCCAAGGAUGACACAUAAUCCUCUGAGUUCCAGCCUGCUUGGCUCUGCCUGCCUGCCUGUCGGUCUGUCUCUUGGCCUGGCCCGCUCCUUCUGUUUCUGUUCUGGGAAGAGAUGGAGGGAGGGAGGUAGAGAGAGAUGGGUCUGUCUGUCUGUCGGCCUCCCUGCCAGGCCUGCUUCUGUUCUGGGAAGAGAUGGAUGGAGGGAGGGAGGGAGGUAGAGAGAGAUGGGUCUGUCUGUCUGUAGGCCUCCCUGCCAGGCCUGCUUCUUUUCUGGGAUGAGUGGGAAAGAGAACAAAAAAAAGAGCGAAAGAGAGGGUGAAAGGAGGUAGAGAAAGAGGGGUCUGCUGUGAAAGGCGGGGAGUAGGCUUAGGGCUGUGGCGGUCUUGAAAUUUUGUCAGCCGGUGAUUGUCAAGCAAAUAACUGCCCGUCUCAUUGUAAUUGACCGGUAAUGAACAUAAACACAUUUAGGAUCUCCUGGCUUCCAAGCAUAGCCUAAAAGCCACUGAUGCAGACCUUUGGAACAUCUACAUUUUAAAAAGUCUAAUAAAUCUGUUUAAUAUAGCCUACACCAUAACAAUAAAUCCAUUAUUUAUUUUAGACUGGUCUAAAGAAACAUGAUAUGAAGAAAAUGUGGUCUGUUUCAGAAGAACAGAAUAGCAUACUCUGAGUUGUCCAUAUGUUAGGCUCUGAUCUGGCUAUGCCAAAUGGCUGUGGGCUACACUAGUUCAUUUAGCAGACAAGAUUUGCUUAGAAUUUCAUGCCAUUAUUUCAUAUUAUUUUGUAGUAUGAAGAAUACAAUUGAACAAAGCUGAAUAAAAUAGAAAGGAUAUUUUCUCCAAAUGAUUUCCGAGGGAGUGCUCACAUGCGGCUAUUCUGUGUUGAGCGGUUAACAAAGAAACAUGUCCUCUUAUAUGCUUAAUUUAGGGUUAUUUAUGCAACUUUAGAUGUGAUGCAAACGUUGGGCUAUGUGUUUUGAUUUUUAAUACAUUCUAAGGCUGCAUGAUGCAACUAAUGAUUUGAAAAAAGUUGCAUGAAAGGUAUGAGCUCUGAUGUUUCUUGUGCCAGUGGCUAGAUGUGCCAAGCUUAUAGAGACAUACCCCAAGAGACUUGCAGCUGUAAUUGCUGCAAAAGGUGGCUCUACAAAGUAUUGACUUUGGGUGGGGGGGGGGCAUGUUGUGUAAAUCAAAUGAUUCAAACCCCCCCCCAAAAAAAUCCAUUUUAAUUCCAGGUUGUAAGGCAACAAAAAAGGAAAAAUGCCAAGGGGGGUGAAUACUUUCGCAAGCCACUGUAGCUUUGUUUCUUGUGCAGGCUGCACACACUUCAUCAGUCUCUCAUUCAGAAUGUGACAAGCAUAAUAUUCUCAACAGGCCUCGAAUUUCCCACCGGCAACCUCCUUGUGUGGCCGUAAUGCCCCCUAAAAGAUCAAUGCCUUUUUUUGGCGUUGUGCCCUUGGGCUGAAUAUAAUAAUUAUAAUUCCCUUCUCCCAACUGCCGUGCUCCGAAUCCCCUCUCACUCACAUGGCUCUCUCAGAUAUCUCAAUUCUUAUUAACCAAUACCCGUUACGUGAUCGGUUCCUUCUCACAGGCAUCUCAACUAGAAGUAGGCUACAAGUGAAGACAGACACAUCGGGGACGCAACUGCGCGCGUCCCUCUUAUUAAAUUCUGAGGUGCAUAUUGAAGAUGUUAGAAGAACUGUCCACAUUUCGCCUACUUUUCAUCAGCCAACAAGAUGAGUAGGCCUAAUGAACAGCAAAAGCACUAGCCUAUGUCAAUCUACUAUCCCCCAUAGUACAAAGGUUGACCUAUUCUAUUGGUUAACCUUUCCUUCUGUGUGAGAAAUAAAUAUUCCAAACAUACUCUGGGACAGUUGUGGGAUGCGAUAGAUCCUAAAUUAAUACAACCACUAGCAUCAAACAUUUGAAAAGCAAUGAGGCUGAUGCAACAGAUCAGAACGUUUUAUUUUAUUUUUUAUUUUAUUUUUAUUUCACCUUUAUUUAACCAGGUAAGCCAGUUGAGAACAGGUUCUCAUUUACAACUGCGACCUGGCCAAGAUAAAGCAAAGUAGUGCAAUAAAAACAACACAGAGUUACAUAUGGGGUAAAAAAACAUAAAGUCAGAAAUACAACAGAAAAUAUAUAUACAGUGUGUGCAAAUGUAGCAAGUUAUGGAGGUAAGGCAAUAAAUAGGCUAUAGUGCAGAAUAAUUACAAUAGUAUUAACACUGGAAUGCUAGAUGUGCAAGAGAUGAUGUGCAAAUAGAGAUACUGGGGUGCAAAAUAGCAAAAUAAAUAACAAUAUAGGGAUGAGGUAGUUGGGUGGGCUAAUUUCAGAUGGGCUGUGUACAGGUGCAGUGAUCGGUAAGGUGCUCUGACAACUGAUGCUUAAAGUUAUUGAGGGAGAUAAGAGUCUCCAGCUUCAGAGAUUUUUGCAAUUCGUUCCAGUCAUUGGCAGCAGAGAACUGGAAGGAAUGGCGGCCAAAGGAGGUGUUGGCUUUGGGAAUGACCAGUGAGAUAUACCUGCUGGAGCGCAGACUACGGGUGGGUGCUACUAUGGUGACCAAUGAGCUAAGAUAAGGCGGGGAUUUGCCUAGCAGUGAUUUAUAGAUGGCCUGGAGCCAGUGGGUUUGACGACGAACAUGUAGUGAGGACCAGCCAACAAGAGCGUACAGGUCACAGUGGUGGGUAGUGUAUGGGGCUUUGGAGACAAAACGGAUGGCACUGUGAUAGACUACAUCCAAUUUGCUGAGUAGAGUGUUGGAGGCUAUUUUGUAAAUGACAUCGCCGAAGUCAAGGAUCGGUAGGAUAGUCAGUUUUACGAGGGCAUGUUUGGCAGCAUGAGUGAAGGAGGCUUUGUUGCGAAAUAGGAAGCCGAUUCUAGAUUUAACUUUGGAUUGGAGAUUCUUUAUGUGAGUCUGGAAGUUGAGUUUACAGUCUAACCAGACACCUAGAUAUUUGUAGUUGUCCACAUACUCUAGGUCAGACCCGUCGAGAGUGGUGAUUCUAGUCGGGUGGGCGGGUGCUAGCAGCGUUCGAUUGAAAAGCAUGCAUUUAGUUUUACUAGUGUUUAAGAGCAGUUGAAGGCUACUGAAGGAUUGUUGUAUGGCAUUGAAGCUCGUUUGGAGGUUUGUUAACACAGUGUCCAAUGAAGGGCCAGAUGUAUACAAAAUGGUGUCGUCUGCGUAGAGGUGGAUCUGAGAGUCACCAGCAGCAAGAGCGACAUCAUUGAUAUACACAGAGAAAAGAGUUGGCCCAAGAAUUGAACCCUGUGGCACCCCCAUAGAGACUGCCAUAGGUCCAGACAACAGGCCCUCCGAUUUGACACACUGAACUCUAUCUGAGAAGUAGUUGGUGAACCAGGCGAGGCAGUCAUUUGAGAAACCAAGGCUAUUUAGUCUGCCAAUAAGAAUGCGGUGGUUGACAGAGUCGAAAGCCUUGGCCAGGUCGAUGAAGACGGCUGCACAGUACUGUCUAUUAUCAAUCGUGGUUAUAAUAUCGUUUAGGACCUUGAGCGUGGCUGAAGUGCACCCGUGACCAGCUCGGAAACCGGAUUGCAUAGCGGAGAAGGUACGGUGGUAUUCGAAAUGGUCGGUGAUCUGUUUGUUAACUUGGCUUUCGAAUACUUUCGAAAGGCAGGGCAGGAUGGAUAUAGGUCUGUAGCAGUUUGGAUCUAGAGUGUCACCCCCUUUGAAGAGGGGGAUGACCGCGGCAGCUUUCCAAUCUCUGGGGAUCUCAGACGUUAUGAAAGAGAGGUUGAACAGACUAGUAAUAGGGGUUGCGACAAUUUCGGCGGCUAGUUUUAGAAAGAAAGGGUCCAGAUUGUCUAGCCCAGCUGAUUUGUAGGGGUCCAGAUUUUGCAGCGCUUUCAAAACAUCAGCUGUCUGAAUUUGUGUGUGAAGGAGAAGCGGGGGGGGCAUGGGCAAGUUGCAGCAGAGGGUGCAGAGUUGGUGGCCGGGUUAGUGGUAGCCAGAUGGAAAGCAUAUUUUCAUAAACUAUUAGGCUAUUUCUUCACAUUAUAACGCAGCAAUGUGCACAACUUAUAGUCUUUCAUUCAGAAUGUGCAAGGAUAAUAUUCUAAGCAGCUCGAAUUUCAACGGCAACCUCCUUGGGGGUGGUAAUGCCCCUAAAAGACCAAGCCUUUUUUGGUUGGCUUGGGCGAACUAUAAUAAUUAUAAUUUUUGCACUGCGUUAAGAAAUCCCCAUUCACCAUGGUUUAGGAUCUCAAUUUUAUUUCAACAAUACUGUCUGAUCUGGUUCUACGGGGAUACUAGGGUAGGCACAAGGUGCAGAAGGGCCGAUUAGGGAGCAAUGAGCUUUUCAAUCUAUUAAUUCUGAUGCAUAUGAAGCAGAUGUAGAACGAACGUGCAAUUUAGCCUAAUUUUCAAAAGCCAACAAGAUGAGUAAGACUUUAUCAAAAGACAAAGCAAUUAGCUAAUGUAAUUUACUAUACCCAUUUUUAGAAAGUGAUUUGAUCCUAUUCUAUUGGGUAAACCUGUCCGUCUGUGUGAGAAAUAAUUUCCACAACUCUGGGACAGGUUGGGAUGCGAUAGAUCCUAAUUUGAUACAACCCUAGCAUCAAACAUUUGAAAGCACAUGAGGAUGUACACAGAUCGAACGUAGCUUAUUUGUUUCUAACCUGAUAGGCAUUUUCACAUAUAAGCCACAAGGCAAUGUGCACCACAGGCAGUAGGCUAUAAGCACUAAUGUUCCAAAAUGCAAUUAGCAGGAAAACACUGUUCUCAAAAGUGACCGCAAAUGCGAAUUAUUAAUGUAAUGCUUUAUUAUAAAGGUGCAUUUUUAUGGUGAAAAUGAUCUUCUCCAAACUUGAAACUCACGCGCCGCCUAUGUAUGCCAGUUAGGCUCUACAACGGUUGUAAAGCGAAUUAAUGUGCUUAAAAUUUGGCCACUUUAGUUGUGAUACAAACCUUAUCAAAACAUAUGCAUGCGCUGUUUCUUGCCUUACUGCACACUAUAGGCGUCAUUCACAAGUGAUAAUACAUAGCUCACAAGUGAUAGGCUAAUAUUGUCACCCAUCAGACUAUUCUUAAUUUAAUGUUGUCUUUACAUAUACUAAAUAAUAUAUGUGUGAAUUAGUUUUGAUUUAGAAUGGACCAUUAUCAUGCACCUGUGUCGGAACAGGGGCAGGGGAAAAAAAUACAUGUCAUCUAUGCACUUAAAUAGCAAAUGGAGGACACUUUUCCUGUGGUUCAUUUUCAUGCCAGCCAGUUAGGCUAUACUCCUGUUUUAAAGCAAAGCAAUGUGCUUAAUAUUAGGAAAGUUGAUAAAUAAAUAUAGUAGGCCUAGCCUAUAGAAAGCUGAUAUUAGCUCUUUUUAAUAGAGGCCAUCAAAACUGUUUUCUCACGCAAUUGCAUAGCCUAUAGAAAUUUGUGCAACAUGAGCUCAUGGGCUCUCAUGAAGUGUUUGAUUAGAUUUUUGAAAACAUUUGCAUUGAUGUCAGAGUGAUUAGCGGGACAGUAGUGCUGAGUACCAGGCAGUUAGCGAGUUUGGUAGGAUACUAAUGACCACCAGCAGCAUCAGAGCUUGGAGAAGCCUAGUUACUGUGACUAAAAGGUCACGUGGAAUUUCACUGCUGUCAUGACUCGUGACUACCGGUGUGGUGGUAAUAUGAUCACCGUAACUAGGUAGGCUAACUUAACACGUCCUGUAUCACACCUUAGUCAUGUUUAGGAGAUCCAGGUGUUUCACCUAUAGGUGGUCAAAAGGAAGAGACGCAAAGAAAGGUAGCUGUUUUAAAGGGAUAUUUAGCAUGCUAGUAGAUACCCAUAGACUUCCAGUCAUUGCGCUAAUGCUAGUUAGCAUUGGCUUGUGAAAUUACCUCUAACUUCCUUCAUACUGGACACAGAGACAUAAAAAUGGAAUCCACUAGCUUAUCUGACUCUUGGGAAGUAGUCAUUGCCAAAAUCCCGACGUAUUCCUUUAAAGUAUUAGGAUAGAAAGAAAGAGCUUUUCUCUUGAUCUGUAGGUCAAUAAAAGGACCAAAGGAACAAAUGUAAUAACCGUAGCUAAGGGAACAGGGGAAAUGAUUAAUUUCAAUAUAGACUAUUCAUCUUAUACUUUCUACUACUUCAAUUUACCUUUUUAAAUUGUCUUUUUGAAUGACUACACAAAUACAUUACUUAAUUCAACACUAUAAAAGUGCCCCAGAGACUCUGCAUAAGCCAGACAGACAGAAAGUACCAGAAAUAUGUUUUAUCAGAUCUAAAUCCCAUCUCCAAUAUGCUGCUUGUCAUUUUCCUGUCUGAGAUUACCAGCAUUGUUGCCUUGUAGAUCUGAGGCUAUUCUUGGAAAAUGUGGAGAUUGUAAUGGAAAAUAUUAGAGGAAUUUCAUAUCAGACAACCGCUGUGCUAAAGCAGUACUUUGAUAGUGAAUUGGUUCAGAAUGUCUAGGACAAGACCUCAACCACUAGAUUUGUUUUGUCAUAGUCCAGACUUGCUGUGUUGCAUUCAAUCAUCAUUUACUGGCCCAGUCUACUGGUGGUGGUAACUGGGUUUUUGAGAAACAUUGGACUCAUACCCAACAUAUAAUACAGUAUUAGGCCUGUCUAGUAGAAGUUCACCAUUUUGCAUGGGGUUCAAGUGAGGUUACUCUUUCCUGUUUGUCAGCUAAAAUCCUAAUUUGGGAUUUGUGUGCUUAACCUCAGCCUUCACCUGAAUAAUACAUUAAUGUCAACUGAAUAUGCUUGCAAGUCUAAUUCUUGUUUAUGUAAAGAACUUGUUUAACUCAAGUUAAAUGUCAGCUGUGUUAGGCCUAUAUAAAAACCCUAUUUUACCCAGAAUGAGACACAGGAGAACCAGAUCAAGAAUCACUUCAAGUUAGAGGUUAUACAAUCAACGCUUGCUGAACACUAGUGCUCUUCCAAUAUGAAGGACUGAGCUUAUAAAAUGUUUAUUUAUAACCUAAGGUGUUUCUGUGUUUGUUGGUUGAUAUUAUGAUGUAAGCGUCCAUUUCAUCCUCUCCCAACCCCUCCCCUCUCUGUCCCGUGUAUUCCGGUGGUGGUGAGCUGCUCUUGCCCCUGGUGACAUACUCACUGUUGCAGGUUCACCCCCCGGUACCGGUAACGGCUCAGCCUCGUCCCCACCUCUAGCCCUCAACGACAACCGGCCAGCUGGUGACAACCUGGACACCAUCCUGUUCCAGCUGCGCCAUGUGACCCGCGAGAGGGACGAGCUCCGCAAGCGUCUGGCCCUGGCAUCACCUGGCACCACCUUCGAUGAGUGCAGGUAUAGACAACCCCCACCCCCCACAUGACUGAGGAGAGGGAAGAGCAGUGUGGAAAGUCUUUGUUCUGUAAAUCAAUGUAUUCAUCCAACAAUUGGUCAAAUACAACAUCUAGACAAAAUAGAGUAGAUAACCUAAACUGAAUGUCUCUAGGUAACAAGUAGUCAAAAUACAAGAUUUAGACAUAGAAUCCACUCUAGCUAAUCAUACAAUUCAAGGUAGCCUAUUCAGGCAUGUUGUUAUCCCUAAGCACCUGAACUACAGCACACGGUCUGCUAUGAUUGACACUGUAACAUUUGGUUAAUUUCUCUCUGUGUCGUCAUUACUUUGAGUUCAAUGACCUGUAGGUUUAUGAUUGCUCAUGUUUACAAACAUCUUUAUGAAGCAUUCUGUUUCCUGAAGCCAAUGUACAGAAUCAAGAGGGAUGCACAAUAGUGAGUUCAUCUCUCAUUGGUAGACGUGCUCUCAGGGAAAAGGGCUCCAAUCCCAUGAUAUUAGUCAACACACUGCAGACACUGCUAUGAAGAGUGGUCUCUAGAAUGUUGCAAAGUAGCCCUGCCUCUGACUGAGUGUAUUUAAGGUCCCAUCAAGUCUAUUGCCCUCUAUCAUCUGGCUUUAGGAUCAAUACUGUUGACAGAAAUUGAAAAGUAACCAUGCGGUAACCAUCCUGUUCAGUUUAUGAACACCCUCUUGAGUUCCGGGUAACAGGUUGUUAAAAACGCAAUUCAGAACAGGGAGGGACGCCUAGUGGAUUUAAGGUGUGAGAGAAAGCACUGACCGAGAGAGAGAGAGAGAGAGAGACAUAUAGUUUGACAUGACUCAGUUUUGACAUUUUACCAUUUUAAUUAGAGCCAAUUUAACCAAAUGUACCAAGACAAUUACAAGACAAUCAAAUUCCAUUCAGAGUGCAAAUUAGGAACCCUUCAUACAGUUUGCUGAACUCCGCGGCUCUGGGUUGACACAGGCCGUCAUUGUAAAUAAGAAUUUGUUCUUAACUGACUUGCCUAGUUAAAUAAAGGUAAAAUAAAAAAAAUAAAGAUGGAUGCAGUUUCCUUGGGGUCCUCUGCAUUUCGAUGCAAAGCAACUGUAUGCCUUUGUUCUAUCUAACUCUUAUAUCUAAACUGACAUUGGGCUUCCCUUGUAGACAAGGUCUCAGUUUGUAGUUCUUAUGUAGUGAUGCAUCUUAUUGCCUCCUUGUCUCCCCAAAGGCCAAAUUCCAAAGCCAGCCAUGACUAUGAGCGUCUGAAAAGCCAGUGUAUGAGGGCCAUGGCAGAUCUCCAGUCUCUACAGAACCAACACACCAAGACUCUGAAGAGGUGUGAGGAGGCCGUCAAGGAGGCUGACUUUUACCAGUGAGUACCACCAUCAUCACAUCACUGAUUGGGUUGGUCGACCGACUGACUGACUGGGUUGUUGCAAAAAACAACAACAUGUAGUGUCUGGGGAGAGGUGGACGUUUAGUGGUCCUGGACUACACUGCCCAGCCUAAUGUCAGGAAUCCUCCGUUAGUCUAUUAACUGUUUCUGAAUAGACUGUAAUUAGAUGGGAAUAAUGAGAGGUUUUAUGGUAUCAUUGUUUUACUCACUUACAGACUGGAGAAGUGCCUGGUGCUGCAUUUACACUAAUUGAAAGAACAUUAUGUGCUAAUGGUGUGUUUCUACGAAAUGGUAAUGGGGAUUACCUAAAUCUGAAUUAAGGAGUUGUACAGCAAUAUCGUUUAUAGUCAAUUGAUAAUGGAGUCAUAUCAAGUUAUGUUCUAUAGGCCUACCAAACGCUUCACUCAACCUACAGUAUGUGUAGCCGUCAUGCUUUUAAUCACUUACUAGAGUUAACAUCAACUCUAACAGAGAACCACAUGUACUUCUUUGCAAAGUUCUAUAUGGACAAGAUGUGGUAAUCCAUGGCGUUAAAUCCAGGCAUGGAAGGUGUGUGCGUGCAUGCAUUUAAAGGGAUAGUUUGUGGAUACCAUUUUUAUGUCUCUUCGUUCGGUAUGAAGGAUGUAAGGGGUCGUUUUUUUAGCCACCGCUAACUAGCUUAGCGCAAAGACUGGAAGCUAGCUAGCUGUGGCCGACUAUUUCCUGUCUUUGCGCUAAGCUAGUGCUUACGCUAGUUAGCACUGGCGCGCAAAACUACCUAUAGCUUCCUUUAUACUGGAUACAGAGGCAUAAAAAUGCUAUCCACGAGUUCAUCUGACUCUGAGGAAGUAUAUAAAGGGCUUCAUUGCCACAAUCCUGAACUAUCAUUUUAAGUGUGUGUCCUUGUGAGCGUGUGUGGUUAACGAUGGAACUUUGGCUUACGAGUGUUUUUUAACGAUGCAUCGUAAAAAUAACGGCCGACGGUGUCACACCCGUUUCCCAAAACACCACGCAGUGCACUCGUUACAAAGUGAAACUGUCAUUACAGGAGCUGUGCCGUGCUGAAGAUGAUUCCAGAAGAGCUCGCUGUAGCUCUUAAAUGACGUAUGGCUAUUCAGUCAUCAAUUUUUUUGAAUCCCUUUUCCCAUCAAGAUAAAUGUUCUGUAGCCUACUAUGUACAGUAUUUAAGUGUUUGCCAUGUGUUACGAUGUAUUGUGUGUUUUUCUCGAUCUAUUUUGUAUGCAAUGUUUGAUUAUGUAAAUUCAGCAUUUCUUCAGUUUGUGUAAACUGUGAGCAAGAAUGAAUAAAGCCAAAGUCAAGUCACUCGUUCCCUCUAGAAAAUGUCAACGUGACAAAAAUAGGAUAUGAUGACAAAGGUUUUUGUAAUUGCUCAAAUAGUCAUUGUAGCUAAUGGCAGGCAUGAAUUGAGCUUCAAGUAGGCCUAUAGAUAUUCUACAAUCAAAUAAUUAAACAUGAUGUAGCAAGUUAAGCGACGUUGCCAUAGACCUAAUGUUGACCUUUAGGUUAUUGGUUAGGCUACAGUGAAAUGCAUGAGCUUUUAGAUAAUAGUAGCCUAUAAGCUUAAUAGAUAGACUACAACUGAGCCGCUUCAAUAUUCAUAAUGGCUUAAUACUAGGUAGGUCUAUCGAUUGCACAUACAUGAAAGUGAUGUCAAUCUUUAGCCUAGAUUAUCUCAGUUUUAAUUUUUUUAAAUGUGUCCUUGCUUCGCUUGUUUAUAACAUAGCAAACUUUUUAGGCUAAUUAUAUUCAACAAUGACGUUUUUGGCAGUCCACAGAGACCGAAAGACAUCUUCAUUCAAUGUUUAGCUGAGAUCUUCUGUGUGUAAAGUGACAUGGGAGGACAAACGGUGAUCUAAUGAUGCACUUAGCUGUUCUAUGAGUGCUCUGAGGCAGGCGUUAGAUUACCAGCGAUUUCAAGUGCAACGUUAAUAAAGAGGGUUUUGGGAAACGGCUCAGAAAUGUAAAGAUGCUCUUACCAAGGUUCUAACUAUGAACUUCGCCUUGAGGCUUUUGGAAAGCUGGGCCCUGGACAGGAGUCCGUUGUAAAUGCAAUAUUGGCGCAAUAAUGGGCUGAGUUUGAUUGGUUCUCUCAAAUGUUUUUUUUUCUUUCCUGGGGGGUCGAGACUUCACGUUGUUUAGAUUUGAAAAUCCAACAGAUGUAUGGGAAGGUGGCGGCGCUCGGGAGCUGUGUGUGGUUGUUUGAGUGAGAGACACAGAGGACAACCAAUCAGUAAAAAAGUAGAGCCCUCUUCAUUAUCGACACAUCGUGCCUACAACACCAAGCAGCCUGGCCAGACUCUGAAGUCAGGAGGUCUGUUUGGCAUUAGCCUGACCACCAUGCUCCCAGUGGAGAAUCUCUACUUCUAUUUGGACCGUGUUGAGAGAUGUGCCAUCAGUGUCCGGAAAGUGUCUUCCCCUCCCCCAGUAGUGACCUCUCCCUAUCUGUCUCCAGUAUGCUCCACAGCCGUGUGUUAGGAGACCAGUCGCAGCUGAAGGAGGAGCUGGAGGUGUUGAGGAGAGACACCACUCAGCUGGUCAGGGAACACAACCACCUGAAGCAGAGCUGUGAGGAGCUCCGCAGGCUGCACAGCGAGGACCAGAAGGAGGUGGCCGACAUGAGGCUGCAGCAGCAAGAGGUACACACACACACCACACACACACACACACACACACACACACAAGGUUGCUGUGACCUAUACUUGGCUGCUGUGCUUUCACACACCCACAAAUCACCUGAGAAGACUGCUGCAGUGGACAGGACGCACACACUGCUGGGAGAUGCAUACGGAGCACUUCUGUAAAGGGCAGGGUUUGAGGACAAGGUCACUGGCUCAUGUAAAGGGUAUGUGCCCCCCCCCCCCCCCACCCCCACCCCCUAUAUACAUGCUGUGAUGUAGUCUGGAUCAAUACUGCCCUGGGGUCACACCUGCUCCCACAGUAAUUACCACAGAGUCCAGCCUGACAUACAGAAACUGCCGGGAGGUUAUUGCAUUUUAAUGAUGAGGUGAUUUUACAGGCCGGCAAAAGUGAAACCUAGGGGCUAGUUAGUUACACCAUAGUACCUAAGGCUGCGUUUACACAGGCAGUCCCAUUUUGAUCUUUUGCCUAAUAUUAUUAUUAUUAUUAUUAUUAUUACAUCCUUUGCCAAUAAUUGGGCAAAAUAUCAGAAUUGGGCUGCCUGUGUAAAAGCAGUCUAAUAGUCUUGAAUAAUCCAUACUGCAUCUGUUCACUGUUGCCCUCUGCUGAUUAACUAGUGUAAAAAUGAAUCCAUGCUCAUUCUGGCUUGUUGAUUGUUCCGGUGGCUUGGUUGUCCAACAUGAUGCUUUAGAAGAAUAACAUAGCCACACUCUAUCAAUCCAAAGAAAUGCAUGUAUUAUUUUAAUAAAGCAACAUUUUUGAAUGCGUCAACUCUGUAUAAUAAACAUGAGUAAUUCGUAAUUUCACACAGAGACGGCAACUGAAGAUGCACAAACUGUAUGUGUAUUUAGAAAAGCAUCAGAUGAAUGACCAUGUCCUUCCUCCAGGUGAUGAGAGAGAACGGUUCAUCAGAGGUUCUCAACAAGCUGUACGACACGGCCAUGGACAAGCUGGAGGGGGUGAGGAAGGAAUACGAUUCGCUGAGCAAACGCUACGGUGAAAAGGUAGCCAAUCACAACACGGACCUGAGCAGGCUGGAGCAGGUGGAGGAAGAGAACCGACGACUACAGAAACAGAUGGACAUGCUGCUGAAACAACGAGACAAGGCCAUACACUACCAACAGCAGUGCUCUACGUCCAUGAGGAGGUAAACACACACACACUGCACAAUCCACGAGAAAUGUCUAUACACUACACACACACCUAUACAGUACUACACACCUCUCCCUCUCUCCCCAGGUUUGACUCUGUACAACAGGAGCUGGACAAGUCUUCAACCCAGAACAAGGAGCUGCAGAGGGAGAUGGAGCGGCUGCAGUCGGAGGUGACGCGCUGUAAGAACUUCCAGCUGAAGGCAGUAAAGGACUGUGAGAAGUACAAGGAGGAGAGGGACUCUGUGUUCAACGAGUACAGGCUCAUCAUGAGCGAGAGGGACCAGGUCAGAGAGAAAUACAUAUAUUACAUUAAAGCCCGGUUUCCCGGACACCAAUUAAGCCUAGUCCUGGACUAAGAAGCUACUUUCAAUGUAUAAUCACCAUUGAGUAUGCUUCUUUUGUCGAGGACUGGGCUUAAUUUUUGUCCAGGAAUUCAGCCCAUUAUUAUUUUAUACUAAAACUGUAAUACAAUAAUAAAGUGGUUUAUUAAACUCUGUGGAACAGGUGAUCAAGGAGCUGGACAAGCUGCAGACAGAGCUGGAGGCUGCAGAGGCCCGCCUCAAAAACACCUCGUCUGAAAGGAUGGUGGCCAGCGAGGAGAUGGAGGCUCUCAGACAGGUAAUCAUCAAUAGGUUAAUCAAUUAAUAUAUCUUAUCAAUUAAUCAUCUGAGCGGAUAGUGGCCAGUGAGGCUCUCAGACCGCUGCCUGAUCAAUUAGCUACAUUUGUCACUGCCGGAUCAACCAAGGGAUUUUGUGAUUGUGUUAUGGCAUUAAAUCUGAUUUCAUUGUUUGUUUUUAGGAGCUGAACUCGUCGUUGGUGGACCGGGACAGAUCAAUCUGUGAGAGGAACGAGCUGUUGGAGAAGUACUGCCACGAGGUGAAGGACAAGGCCGAGGCCCAGAAGGAGCUGAGCCAAGCCUGUAAAGACAUCGAGACGGUCCGGGAGGAGAGAGACGUGGCCCGCAAGGAGAGGACAGAGGCCAUCAUACAGAGGGAACAGCUACUGAGAGAGUGCUACCAGGCUAGACAGGUAACACACACAGCUCUUACAUUUAUAAUACACACCUGUAUUAGAGAGAGGACAGAGGCUAUCAUACAGAGAGAACAGCUACUGAGAGAGUAUUACCAGGCUAGACCUGGGAACAACACACACACAAUGUUUUCUGAAACACCGGUAUGGACAAAGUACAUAGGCAUUGAAAGUAAAUUUAAUUCUUAAAAAAAAUACAAUCUACCCAGUUAUCAGCACCAUCUUCGCUGUCUGUCAAAAGGGACAGCUCCCAGCCACAGGUUAGACACAUGAUGAAGUGAUAGAGCUUAGUGUAUCCUAUAAAGUGUCAACUAUUGGAUUAUGUCAGUGGAAUGACCCUAAAGCGUAGGCCAUCAUUGUAAAUAACAAUUUGUUCUUAACUGACUUGCCUAGUUAAAUAAAGGUUAAAUAAAAAAAAGAAUUACAAAAAAAGCAGAUUUAGUCUCCUAGAUAAAUGCUGCUGCUGACACUUCCCUGUUCAGACCACUAGAUGGCCCUCCUACUGCGGUUUUACACUACAGGAGUCAGUAUGCAUAAAGGUAGACUCAGCGAAAUGACGUUGCCACGAGCAGCACUGCGGAUAUUGAUGAGCGCGAUGCAAGACUUUCGCUCUCACACGGUCACACACGGUAUCUGCGCAUGUUCACUGGUUCGCUUCAAGCUGUUCACAGAUUGGUAGCCAGGGCACCAAAACAGCGGAGAAGUUGAGCCUCACGCUUCAACCCUCUUAGUUGUUGCGGAUAUUGACCCACUAUGCUGUUUACUUUCUGCAUCUACGUCAUAUCACUGAGUCUACCUUUAAAACCUGUGAUAGAAAUCCCAGUUGGAGGAUUCCCUCCCUGGUUAUUUCCUUCUGAUUGUGGGAAUUCUCCAGCUGGGUUUACUGAGAAACCUGGGAACUUUUGGAAAUGUGGGUUUGAUCUGUUGAAGUUUGUUUUACUGAAAGUGACUGACUAACGUCCGUGUCUCUGUGUGUGUCCGUGUCUCUGUGUGUGUCCGUGUCUCUGUGUGUGUCCGUGUCUCUGUGUGUGUCCGUGUCUCUGUGUGUGUGACAGAAAGAAGAUUCUGCCACUCUGGACAUAGAGCGGGUCAACAAGGAGAUGGAGGUGUUGAGGAAGCAGUAUGAGGCCAUGUCCCAGGAGCUGAAGGAGGCGACGCAGGAGGCCGAGGUGGCCAAGUGUCGACGUGACUGGGCCUUCCAGGAGAGAGACAAGAUAGUGGCAGAGAGAGAGAGCAUACGGUGAGUACAGGGUGAGAGAGAAGGGCGAUAGAGGGAGGGAAAAUAAAAGGUGGGGUAGGCUCUUUCUUAAUUAGUCUUUCUUCUCUCCUUGCCUCCUUCUGAAAACGCAUUGGAUUAAAAGGUCAGAGAGGGGGAACCUCGGAUAUUCCCCAAUGCGUUUUGAGAAGGAAGCAAGGAGAGGGGACGCAAGGAAUUUCAAUGGACUAAACUGUGCUGAUGCUUGAUGAUGUCAUAUCCUGCCCCUCCAGGACGCUGUGUGACAACCUGCGUAGGGAGCGGGACCGUGCGGUCAGCGAUCUGGCCGAUGCCCUGCGUAACCUUGACGACAUGAGGAAGCAGAAGAACGACGCGUCACGGGAACUGAAGGAACUCAAGUGAGUCCCUGAGUCUUUACACACACACACACACACACACACACACACACACACACACACACACACACACACUUUCUCAUCACCUCUGUAUUGAUGUGAAAAUCUCCCUCUACUGGUCAGUGUGUGACUGCUAUGUUAAAUUCUCUCAGUUUCUUGUGACUUUGAGAGGUCGCACUCCUUCCCUGUGACGAAGAAGAAAAUAGUAAGAUUUAGGUUUUCAAGUCAACGACCCCCUCUAGGCCUGCCUCAUGAGGACAUAAUUGGUCUUGGUGACAGUCAGCCACCAUAGGCCUAUUUCUCCUUUCCUUCCCAACCACCAUGGUCGACAUUGCUAAGUAGUAAGCCAGAGAACAACACCAACUAGUCUUGCACAGGCGGGAACCCACAGAACACACACAAAAAAAGCCAGCAGAUAUAAAGUAGAGAGAGCAGAGACUUACCGAUUUGACGGCUGAGUUGGCUACCAAUGAAGAGCCAAGGAGCGAAGACUUCAGAGGGUGAGUCAGCUAAUCCAAUAGCAAUAUAGUGAGGUAAAUCCAAAGCAGAUUGAUUCCAGAGGCAAUAAUCCAUUGGACACCGGAGACCGAGAUCAUGUGGCCUCCACAUUUGUGUAAUCUGAUUUGGUUGUUUACAUCACACCUCCUCGUGAUUGCAGGAUUGUAGCUCACCACUGCCAACACUCGUUUUGCAUGGCUAGUGGCUAACGCUAGCCAGCUCUGCACACAAGUCAUGAAGUGUGGUGUCACUUCCAUAGGCGUCAUGUCCAUAGGGUGCCCCCUCAAAUUUGUCCUUUUUGUUUUGUAAUGCUACUAACCACCUAGCAAUUUUAUGAAAUUGGCUUUAGUUAGCCCACAUGUGUUCCCAACCUCAUAACUAGCUACCAAGAAGCCAUUUGAGACUAUCAAUCAAGUUUGAGUAGCUAGCUUGUCCAAAAAAAAAAAAUGUGCUGAAUAAGACUCACAUUCCUUUCAAUAUUUUACCCAGAUUUUAGCAGAGAUGGAUAUUUAGUUUCUUUAAAAAAAAUAACCACCAGUCAGGAGGAUACAGACAGCUCAAGGGGUAGGCUUAGAUAUGCAGAAAACUUGACAUUUUUGACAUAGAAUUAAGCAUAAUGAUUAUGGAUCUAGAUUGCAGGAAUAAGCUGUUUCAGGUGUUUGAAAAAUGCAAAAUUCUCCAACUUCCAGAUGGAGGUCCUAGAUCCCCUUCGAACCCCCCCCCCAGCCAUCCUCACAUACUUGUGAUAUCACUUCCUGACCUGUGUCUUGUCACUGUGUUCAGAGAGAAGAUGGAGAGCCAGCUGGACAGGGAGGCAAGGUUCUGUCAGCUGAUGGCCCACAGCUCCCAUGACUCGGCUAUCGACACAGACUCUCUGGAGUGGGAGACUGAGGUGGUGGAGUUUGAGAAGGACAGGGUCAGUCUGGAGACAUCAACUACUGUUAUUGAUUUAAUUGAAUUAUUAUUUGACCAUGGGAUGGAUGGAUGGAUUGACUGAUUUCAUAAUUUGAUAAAUUGAUUUCCAAAUCCUGAUAAAUAAUGUCUGAUAGAUACAGUAUGUAUGUAGAUAACCAGUGUACAGUAUGUUAAACUUAACUGUUUUCCUGUAGGAUGACAUGGAUUUGAAGGCACUUGGGUUUGACAUAGCAGAGGGGGUAAAUGAUCCGUAUUUACCAGGAGAUUGUGGAAUAUUUGUGACAAGAGUUGACAGAGGAAGUAUUGCUGAUGGAAGGUUAAGGUAAUUCUCGGAUUUUUUACAUUUCUAUCUGUAGCGUUUAACACCACUGAACACACCCUGUUCUUUCCUCAUCUUCAUCAUCUCCAAUAACACAAUUUGACUUCCUGCUUUUCAGAGUGAAUGAUUGGUUGCUGAAGUUAAAUGAUGUGGAUGUGACCAAUAAGGACAGGAAGCAGGUGGUGAAGGCAGUGCUUAAUGGAGGCUGGCUGAUCAACAUGGUGGUGCGCAGGAGGAAGUCUCUGGGAGGGAGGCUGGUCACCCCCAUACACAUCAACCUGAUCGGACACAAAGGUACCAGCUUUUUUGACAAACUCUUUUUAGAGUCAACUUAGGUAAUGAGUGUGUUCUGGCACCUUCCAUAUGGAACUCUGCCUUAUGAUGCAUCCCUUAAAUAAUAUUCCAUCUAGUGCAUAUGGCUUUUAUAUCUUUGUCCCCUAUCCUUCUCUCUAACCCAGACAGUGGUAUAGGUCUGGAGAGUGGUGUAUUUGUGACGGCCCUGGUCCAGGGGAGUCCUGCUGCCAGGGAGGGAUCUCUGACAGUCGGAGACAGACUUAUCGCUGUGAGUUCUCUUCUCCUACUCCACCUCUUCUCCUGCUCCACCUCUUCUCCUGCUCCACCUCUACUCCUGCUCCACCUCUUCUCCUGCUCCACCUCUUCUCCUACUCCACCUCUUCUCCUACUCCACCUCUUCUCCUACUCCACCUCUUCUCCUACUCCACCUCUUCUCAUCCUCCUUUUCAUCCUCCACUUCCUCCCGCAUCUACUCCUCCUUCUCUCCUCCUCCUUCUUCUUCUCUCCUCCUCCUUCUUCUCUCCUCCUUCUUCUUCUUCUCUCCUCCUCCUCCUUCUCCUCCUCCUCCUCCCUCCUUCUUCUCCUCCUUCUUCUCCUCCUUCUCCUCCUCAUCCAUCUCUUCUCCUCCUCCUUCUCGCCUCCUCCGUCUCUCCUCCUCCUCCUUUUCUUCUUCUCCUUUUUCUCUCCUCCUUCUCUUCUCCUCCUUCUUCUUCAAUCCUCCUCCUCCUCUCCUCAUUUUCCUCCUCUUCUUCUCCUGUUCUUCUUCUUCUAAUCCAUUAUCUUCCAACCUCUCCCUCCUUUUCCUUCACCUGAUUUCACCCCUGUUCCAUGUACGCUACCGGUCAAAAGUUAAGACACACCUACUCAUUCAAUGGUUUUUCUUUAUUUUUACUAUUUUCUACAUUGUAGAAUAAUAGUGAAGACGUCAAGACUAUGAAAUAACACAUAUGGAAUCAUGUAGUAACCAAAAAAGUGUUAAACAAAUCAAAAUAUAUUUUAUAUUUGAGAUUCUUCAAAUAGCCACCCUUUGCCUUGAUGACAGCUUUGCACACUCUUGGCAUUCUCUCAACCAGCAUCAUGAGAUAGUCACCUGGAAUGCAUUUCAAUUAACAGGUGUGCCUUGUUAAAAGUUAAUUUGUGGAAUUUAUUUCCUUCUUAAUGCGUUUGUGCCAAUCAGUUGUGUUGUGACAAGGUAGGGUUGGUAUACAGAAGAUAGCACUAUUUGGUAUAAGACCAAGUCCAUAUUAUGGCAAGAACAGCUCAAAUACAGUGGCUUGCGAAAGUAUUCACCCCCCUUGGCUUUUUUCCUAUUUUGUUGCCUUACAACCUGGAAUUAAAAUGCAUUUUUGGGGGGUUUGUAUCAUUUGAUUUACACAACAUGCCUACCACUUUGAAGAUGCAAAAUCUUUUUUAUUUUGAAACAAACAAGAAAUAAGACAAAAAAACAGAACUUGAGCGUGCAUACUCUAUUCACCCCCCCCCCAAAGUCAAUACUUUGUAGAGCCACCUUUUGCAGCAAUUACAGCUGCAAGUCUCUUGGGGUAUGUCUCUAUAAGCUUGGCACAUCUAGCCACUGGGAUUUUUGCCCAUUCUUCAAGGCAAAACCGCUCCAGCUCCUUCAAGUUGGAUGGGUUCCGCUGGUGUACAGCAAUCUUUAAGUCAUACCACAGAUUCUCAAUUGGAUUGAGGUCUGGGCUUUGACUAGGCCAUUCCAAGACAUUUAAAUGUUUCCCCUUAAACCACUCGAGUGUUGCUUUAGCAGUAUGCUUAGGGUCAUUGUCCUGCUGAACCUCCGUCCCCGUCUCAAAUCUCUGGAAGACUGAAACAGGUUUCCCUCAAGAAUUUCCCUGUAUUUAGCGCCAUCCAUCAUUCCUUCAAUUCUGACCAGUUUCCCAGUCCCUGCCGAUGAAAAACAUCCCCACAGCAUGGUGCUGCCACCACCAUGCUUCACUGUGGGGAUGGUGUUCUUUGGGUGAUGAGGUGUUGGGUUUGCGCCAGACAUAGCGUCUUCCUUGAUGGCCAAAAAGCUCAAUUUUAGUCUCAUCUGACCAGAGUACCUUCUUCCAUAUGUUUGGGGAGUCUCCCACAUGCCUUUUGGCGAACACAAAACGUGUUUGCUUAUUUUUUUCUUUAAGCAAUGCCUUUUUUCUGGCCACUCUUCCGUAAAGCCCAACUCUGUGGACUGUACGGCUUAAAGACAUCAUAUGGCGCCGGAGAAGAUGGCUGCCGUUUUUACAGCCCUCUAACCAAUUGUACUAUUAUGUGUGUUUUUCCGCGUUAUUUGUAAUUUAUUCUGUACAUAAUGUUUCUGCCAUCGUCUCUUAUAACCAAAAAGAGCUUCUGGAUAUCGGGACAACGAUUACUCACCUCGUAUUGGACGAAGAUUUUUUCUUCAACAAGUCGGACGCGAAGGAUAUCCUACAGACACCCGACAAGGCCCAAAUCCCUGUCAUUUGCAUGAGAAAGAGACAGAGAUAUCGUGGACGUAGGUCGGGGUGCCUUGUAAGGAUCCGACGGCGAGCGAGUAAACUGCCUCUUCCAUCAAACCUAUUAGCCAAUGUUCAAUCAUUUGAGAAUAAAUUGGAUGACCUAAGAUUACGGUUAUCCUAACAACGGGACAUUAAAAACUGUAUUAUCUUAUGUUUCACCGAGUCGUGGCUGAACGACGACAUCGACAACAUGCAGCUAGCGGGCUAUACACUACAUCGGCAGGAUAGAAUGGCUGACUCUGGUAAGACAAGGGGUGGCGGUCUGUGUAUAUUUGUAAACAACAGCUGGUGCACAAAAUCAAAUACUAAGGAAGUCUCGUGGUUUUGCUCACCUGAGGUAGAGUAUCUUAUGAUAAGCUGUAGACCACACUAUUUACCAAGAGAGUUUUCAUCUAUAUUUUUCAUAGCUGUCUAUUUACCACCACAAACCAAUGCUGGCAUUAAGACUGCACUGAAUGAGCUGUAUAAGGCCAUAAGUGAACAGGAAAACGCUCAUCCAGAGGCAGUGUUCCUAGUGGCCGGGGACUUUAAUGCAGGGAAACUUAAAUCCGUUCUACCUAAUUUCUACCAGCAUGUUAAAUGUGCAACCAGAGGGAAAAAAAACUCUAGACCACCUUUACUCCACACACAGAGAUGCAUACAAAGCUCUCCCUCGCCCUCCAUUUGGCAAAUCUGACCAUAACUCUAUCCUCCUGAUUCCUGCUUAUAAGCAAAAACUAAAGCAGGAAGCACCAGUGACUCGGUUAAUAAAUAAGUGGUCAGAUGACGCAGAUGCUAAACUACAGGACUGUUUUGCUAGCACAGACUGGAACAUGUUCCGGGAUUCUUCAGAUAGCAUUGAGGAGUACACCACAUCAGUCACUGGCUUCAUCAAUAAGUGCAUCGAUGAUUUCGUCCCCACAGUGACCGUACGUACAUACCCCAACCAGAAGACAUGGAAUACAGGCAACAUCCGCACUGAGCUAAAGGGUAGAGCUGCCGCUUUCAAGGAGCGGGACUCUAACCCGGACGCUUAUAAGAAAUCCCGCUAUGCCCUCCGACGAACCAUCAAACAGGCAAAGAGUCAAUACAGGACUAAGAUGGAAUCGUACUACACCGGCUCUGACACUCGUCAGAUGUGGCAGGGCUUGAAAACUAUUACAGACUACAAAGGGAAGCACAGCCGCGAGCUACCCAGUGACACAAGACUUCCAGAUGAGCUAUUCCACUUCUAUGCUCGCUUCGAGGCAAGCAACACUGAAGCAUGCAUGAGAGCACCAGCUGUUCUGGAUGACUAUGUGAUCACGCUCUCCGUAGCCAAUGUGAGUAAGACUUUUAAGCAGGUCAACAUUCACAAGGCCGCAGGGCCAGACGGAUUACCAGGACGUGUCCUCUGAGCAUGUGCUGACCAACUGGCAAGUGUCUUCACUGACAUUUUCAACAUGUCCCUGACUGAGUCUGUAAUACCAACAUGUUUCAAGCAGACCACCAUAGUCCCCGUGCCCAAGAACACUAAGAUAACCUGCCUAAAUAACUACCGACCCGUAGCACUGACGUCUGUAGCCAUGAAGUGCUUUGAAAGGCUGGUCAUGGCUCACAUCAACACCAUUAUCCCAGAAACCCUAGACCCACUCCAAUUUGCAUACCGCCCCAACAGAUCCACAGAUGAUGCAAUCUCUAUUGCACUCCACACUGCCCUUUCCCACCUAGACAAAAGGAACACCUACGUGAGAAUGCUAUUCAUUGACUACAGCUCAGCAUUCAAUACCAUAGUGCCCUCAAAGCUCAUCACUAAGCUAAGGAUCCUGGGACUAAACACCUCCCUCUGCAACUGGAUCCUGGACUUCCUGACGGGCGGCCCCCAGGUGGUAAGGGUAGGUAACAACACAUCUGCCACACUGAUCCUCAACACGGGAGCCCCUCAGGGGUGCGUGCUCAGUCCCCUCCUCUACUCCCUGUUCACCCAUGACUGCAUGGCCAGGUACGACUCCAACACCAUCAUUAAGUUUGCCGACGACACAACAGUGGUAGGCCUGAUCACCGACAACGAUGAGACAGCCUAUAGGGAGGAGGUCAGAGACCUGGCCGUGUGGUGCCAGGAUAACAACCUCUCCCUCAACGUGACCAAGACAAAGGAGAUGAUUGUGGACUACAGGAAAAAAAAGAGGACUGAGCUUGCCCCCAUUCUCAUCGACGGGGCUGUAGUGGAACAGGUUGAGAGCUUCAAGUUCCUUGGUGUCCACAUCACCAACGAACUAUCAUGGUCCAAACACACCAAGAUAGUCGUGAAGAGGGCACGACAAAGCCUAUUCCCCCUCAGGAGACUGAAAAGAUUUGGCAUGGGUCCUCAGAUCCUCAAAUAUUUAUUCAGCUGCACCAUCGAGCAUCCUGACUGGUUGCAUCACUGCCUGGUAUGGCAACUGCUCGGCCUCCGACCGCAAGGCACUACAGAGGGUAGUGCGUACGGCCCAGUACAUCACUGGGGCCAAGCUUCCUGCCAUCCAGGAUCUCUAUACCAGGCGGUGUCAGAGGAAGGCCCUUAAAAUUGUCAAAGACUCCAGCCACUCUAGACAUAGACUGUUCUCUCUGCUACCGCACGGCAAGCGGUACCGGAGUGCCAAGUCUAGGUCCAAAAUACUUCUCAACAGCUUCUACCCCCAAGCCAUAAGACUCCUGAACAGCUAUCAUGGCUACCCGGACUAUUUGCACUGCCCCCCCACCCCAUCUUUUUACGCUGCUGCUACUCUGUUAAUUAUUUAUGCAUAGUCACUUUAACUCUACCCACAUGUACAUAUUACUUCAACUACCUCAACUAGCCGGUGCCCCUGCACAUUGACUCUGCACCGGUACCCCACUGUAUAUAUAGCCUCCCUACUGUUAUUUUAUUUGACUUCUGCUCUUUUUUUCUCAACACUUUUUUGUUGUUUUAUUUUACUUUUUUUAUUUAAAAAUAAAUGCACUGUUGGUUAAGGGCUGUAAGUAAGCAUUUCACUGUAAUGUCUGCAACUGUUGUAUUCGGCGCAUGUGGCCAAUAAAAUUUGAUUUGAUUUGAAGUCGUCCUAUGGACAGAUACUCCAAUCUCCGCUGUGGAGCUUUGCAGCUCCUUCAGGGUUAUCUUUGGUCUCUUUGUUGCUUCUCUGAUUAAUGCCCUCCUUGCCUGGUCUGUGAGUUUUGGUGGGCGGCCCUCUCUUGGCAGGUUUGUUGUGGUGCCAUAUUCUUUCAAUUUUUUUAUAUUGGAUUUAAUGGUGCUCCGUGGGAAGUUUCGGAUAUUUUUUUAUAACCCAACCCUGAUCUGUACUUCUCCACAACUUUGUCCCUGACCUGUUUGGAGAGCUCCUUGGUCUUCAUGGUGCCGCUUACUUGGUAUUGCCCCUUGCUUAGUGGUGUUGCAGACUCUGGGGCCUUUCAGAACAGGUGUAUUUAUACUGACAUCAUGUGACAGAUCAUGUGACACUUAGAUUGCACACAGGUGGACUUUAUUUAACUAAUUAUGUGACUUCUGAAGGUAAUUGGUUACACCAGAUCUUAUUUAGGGGCUUCAUAGCAAAGGGGGUGAAUUCAUAUGCACGCACCACUUUUCCGUUAUUUUUAAUUUUUAGAAUCAAGUUAUUUUUUUCAUUUCACUUCACCAAUUUGGAAAAUUUUGUGUAUGUCCAUUACAUGAAAUCCAAAUAAAAAUCCAUUUAAAUUACAGGUUGUAAUGUAACAAAAUAGGAAAAAAUGGCAAGGGGGAUGAAUACUUUUGCAAGGCACUGUAAGCAAAGAGAAACGACAGUCCAUCAUUACUUUAAGACAUGAAGGUCAGUCAAUACGGAACAUUUCAAGAACUUUGAACGUUUCUUCAAGUGCAGUCACAAAAACCAUCAAGCGCUAUGAUUAAACUGUCUCUCAUGAGGACCGCCACAGGAAUGGAAGACCCAGAGUUACCUCUGCUGCAGAGGAUAAGUUCAUUAGAGUUACCAGUUCAUUAGAAAUUGCAGCCCAAAUAAAUGCUUCACAGAGUUCAAGUCACAGACACAUCUCAACAUCAACUGUUCAGAGGGCACUUUGUGAAUCAGGCCUUCAUGGUCGAAUUGCUGCAAAGAAACCACUACUAAAGGACACCAAUAAUAAGAAGAGACUUGCUUGGGCCAAGAAACACGAGCAAUGGACAUUAGACCGGUGGAAAUGUGUCCUUUGGUCUGGAGUCCAAAUUGGAGAUUCUUGGUUCCAACCACCGUGUCUUUGUGAGACGCGAUUUGGGUGAACGGAUGAUCUCUGCAUGUGUGUUUCCCACCGUGAAGCAUGGAGGAGGAGGUGUUAUGGUGUGGGGGUUCUUUGCUGGUGAUUUUAUUUAGAAUUCAAGGCACACUUAACCAGCAUGGCUACCACAGCAUUCUGCAGUGAUACGCCAUCCCAUCUGGUUUGGGCUUAGUGGGACUAUCAUUUUAUCAUUUGGGGCUUAGUGGGACUAUCAUUUGUUUUACAACAGGACAAUGACCAAAACACCUCCAGGCUGUGUAAGGGCUAUUUUAACAAGAAGUAGAGUGAUGGAGUGCUUCAUCAGAUGACCUGGCCUCCACAAUCCCCCCGACCUCAACCCAAUUGAGAUUGUUUAAGAUGAGUCGGACCGCAGAGUGAAGGAAAAGCAGCCAACAAGUGCUCAGCAUAUGUGGGAACUCCUUCAAGACUGUUGGAAAUCAUUCCAGGUGAAGCUGGUUGAGAGAAUGCCAAGAGUCUGCAAAGCUGUCAUCAAGGGAAGGGGUGGCUAUUUGAAGAAUCUCAAAUAUAAAAUAUAUUUUGAUUUGUUUAACACUUUUUUGGUUACUACAUGAUUCCAUAUGUGUUAUUUCAUAGUUUUGAUGUCUUCACUAUUAUUCUACAAUGUAGAAAAUAAUACAAAAUAAAGAAAUCCCCUGGAAUUAGUAGGUGUGUCCAACCUUUGACUGGUACUGUAUAUCUCUAGUGACAGACAGAAUCAUAGCCAGUCAUCACUCUACCGAGCAGAAUGACCUGCUCCCUAAUCAUGAUCCACCAACUGCAGCAGAAAGCAUAAUCCUCCAGAUCCUUACUGUGAAGCUUUGCUGCUUAAUAAAACAGCUGGGCUUAGAUGUCUCCCCACUCACCUCUAAUGGCAGACCAGGGCUGUGUCCCAAAACUGCACCCUAUUACUCCAUACACAGCGCACUAUUUUUAACUAGAGCCCAUUUGGCCAAGGUCAAAAGUAAUGCACUAUAUAGGGAAUAGGGUGCCAUGUGGUACACACUCAGUUGAUACCCUCACCUUUUAAUAGUAAAGUCAGACUAGCUGAUAUGGGAUAUGACCGCUCAGUGUUAGUGAUUAGCGAGCAUUGGAUUAGAUGGCUGCAGAUGCCAAUCAUGGUUGUGUAUCAUCGUAUACCAUGUCCUUGUAGUUGUUAAUCACUGAAUGUAGCAGGUUAUAUUUCGCAUAUACCGUAGAUGUUAAAUUAUGUUAGAAGGGAAAGGACCUGAACACGCUGACCCUAGAGCGACGUGCAGUCAGUGCACAAUCUGCAUAUGCUAAAGCUGCACUCUUAAUGAUCAUUACUACAAUGUCUCAGACUAAGCUGUCAGCCCCCUCAGAUGGAAUAUAAUGCUUCAAACAGUACUGUAUCAUGCUAGGUGUUAAAUAUUCACUAGUCUGACCUCUUUUUAGAAAAGACUCAGGCUUGCAUAUAUUACCAACUUUCCUCUUCUCCCUCGCUCCCUCAGCUCCUCUCCCCUCCCUCAGCCCUCCAUCAGCUCUUCUCAGCUCCUCUCCCCUCCCUGCGCUCCUCUUGUACGCAGUAUUUUUUAUAAUUCAUCAGUCCUAUUGUCAUUGAAAUGUGGCGAUUGAUAAAGGAGUGUGGGGGUGAUCUAGUUGUAAGAAGAACCGCUGGCCUACAUUUCUAAUAGAAGAACCGCUGGCCUACAUUUCUAAUAGGAUCCCACUGCAGCAGGAAGGAAGACAGACUCCAAUCUCUGGCACUGUGUUCUUCAGGGGUAGGGGAUCUCUAUUAGGGUUAGGUUCAUUGUCAACCUAGCUUGAAAGCAAGACGAUCUAGCAGAACGUGUGUUUGUGUUUGAGAAAGGUGUAGUGUGUUUCUGAGCGUGUCCUCUGUUGUCCCCAGAUCAACGGCAUCGCUCUGGACAACAAGUCGGUGACUGAGUGUGAGACUCUGCUGAGGAACUGCAGGGAGUCUCUCAGCCUCUCUCUCAUGAAGGUGAAUCUAAACUAGCCCCCUGUACUAAGCUCCUUCAAUACGCACUGGCCUUAAAUUAGACUCAAGUUAUUCUUCAGCCAAUGUGAUGCCACAUAACAACCUUAUUUAGGAAAGGGCUUUGACUUGAAUCUAAACUUCACUGCUCACUGGCCUCAAAUCAGCCUUACAUUUUAGUUAUCCUCAAGUCUAUGUAGUGCCAUACACUGCAACACUCUUAUUUGAUGCUAUAGUGGGCACUCUUUUUUUGGACGGUGAUUUGAAUUUCUCCAAGUUUCUCAAUAGCAAACACUUUAGAUACUACUGCACUGCACAGGAGGUUGGUGGCACCUUAAUUGGGGAGGACGGUGUUGUGGUAAUGGCUGGAGUGGAAUCAUUGGAAUGGUAUGAAAUACAUCAAACAGUUGUUUGAUGCCAUUCCAUUUGCGCCGUUCCAGCCAUUAUUAUGAGCCGUCCUCCCCUCAGCAGCCUCCACUGCUGCACUACAAUGACUAGAUUUCAGGAUAGUGUAAUAACUGUUUUGGAGGGGACAAGUUUUGGAAGAAAGUACAUGUGUGUACUAAUCCAGUGCUAUUCCUAACACACCUCUAUCCUCUUAUGUCCCCAGUUCUUCCCUCACAGUUCGUCAGGCCAGAGCAUCUUCGAGAGCCUGCGGGAGUCAUCGUCCAACGGCCGUCUCUCCGAGGUACACUUCAGGAACAGCCUCAAACACAACAGCUCCACACAGACAGACAUCUUCUGCCCAGACACGCGAGGAGGGGGUAGUAACGUCAACGUCCCAGGAGAGAGGAGGAAGGGCGGGGUGGGUGAACCUGAUGAGGGGAUGGAGGUGUACGGGGACAUCAGGAAGCCGUUCUCCAUGGGGUCUCUCCACUCCACCAGCCUCCGGCCGUCCUCUGACCUCGGUCUGGGUCCCCCGGGCCGCUACGGCCCCAGCGCCUUUCAGGAGUGCUGCUCUGGGUCCCCCUACGCCAAGGCCCCCCCACCCCCCAUGACCUAUGACCCCUCUAAUCCCCCCGACUGCAUCACCAUGGAGACCACCCUGGAGAGGAAGCACAGCGGCGGCACCUGGCCCAAGAUGAUCGUAGGCGGGAUGUCCGUUGCCGUGGAUACGACCACAGCGAUGACUCCGACCCAGCUGUCCAUCUUCAAGUCGCCCAAACAGAGGAAGUCCAUCUUCGACCCAGACGCCUUCAAAUCACGGCCUGAGACGGCGCCCCAGUCUUCCAAGAUGGAGUACCUGUCGCCCAGUCAGCUGGUGGCCCACUCCCCGCAGCCCUCCAAGACGGAGUCUCCCUCCUCUACGGCCACACCCACCCCUCCGACUCCGCCCACCCGCAGCGAUUCGUUCAAAUUCAAACACAAACAACAGAGCAGCUCUGCCUCCGACUGCACGCUCACCUCCGACGGGGGCAAAGGGGAGGCCGUUGCCAUGGUUAUGGGGGAGGGCAGUGGGGAACGAGAGAGAGAGCGGGAACGAGAGAGGGACAGGAAUGGGAACCACUACUUCCUGGAUGGGAAGGUCCUGACAUCGAGGAAGUCAUGUGACGAGGACAUUGGUCGCACCCGGGGGGAGGAGCCUGAGGUGAAGAGGCCCCGCCCUAAAUCGGCGCCAGCUCUCAGACGCAGGAUGACCCCCCAGUCCAUCACCCUACCCUCCUUCCAGGUCAGUUUGAUAUUAAUGUGAUACUAUCUAUAGUGCUUUUCACUAGGGCCGGUCACCAAUAGUCUAUUCGAAAGGAUUCCUCUCCUGUCCUCCAUCUACAGUGACUUUAAAGAACUGAACAGGUGAAGGCAUCCUCUUAAGUUGCGUGCUCCUUCCUAGCCUAUUUUUAACGUCAACUAUGUUCAAGUAGAGGAGACAAGGAGAGGAUGCCACUUCAGACUAUAGAGAUGCGUCUUAGGUCUGAAAACACUAAAUACAAAGAGAGAAAUAUAGCUCCAGGCACAGAGGCCAGGGAGGUGUGGUCCCGUCCCAACACUCUGAAACGGGUCCUUUAGUCUCCUCCUCGUCCUGUUUCUGCUCUUGGUCAUUGAACUGUGAUUGUGGUCCUUCUCCUUAUUCUCCCGCUGUUUCUGUUCCUCAUCAUUAAACCAAUUGGUUUCUGUAUCUGUCAAUCAUCAGAGCUACUCCAAUGACGAUCACUCUCCAGAGCCCAGAGAGAUGCUUCGCUCCUCCCCCAACCGCUCCCACAGACACAGUGUGGGCUUCGUCCCCACAGUCUACAACGGUACUCUGCCUGCAAGUGAGUCUCUCUCACUCACUCACUCACUCACUCACACACACACACACACAUCAAAAGGAGAAGGGAAAGGGGAAUACCUAGUCAGUUGUACAAUUGAAUGCAUUCAACCCAAAUGUGACUUCCGCAUUUAACCCAACCCCUCUGAAUCAGAGAGGUGCGGGGGGGCUGCCUUAAUUGACAUCUAUGUUGGGGGUUAACUACCUUGCUCAAGGGUGGAAUGGCAGAUUUUUCCACCUUGCCGGCUUGAGAAUUCGAACCAGCUAAUUACUGGCCCAACGCUCUUAACCGUUAGGCUACCUGCCGGCCCAUCACACACUGUUCUAUCCUGAGCCUUUCUAGCCAGUGUGUUCCUCCCAUCUAACCGGUGUGGUUGUUGGUGGUGGCGUUGUUGUGAUCUCUAACCAGUGUGUGUGUUGUGUUCUGUCAGACUCGGCCCAUCGUGGCCUGGCCCCGUGUCCAGCGGUGACUGCUGUGAUGAGGAACCCAGUCUACACAGUCCGCAGCCACAGAGUCCACACCAACAACUGUCCCUCUGUCUCCUCCCAGAUCUGUCAACACCAGCACAACAACCAACACCCCAGGUAACUACCCCAGACAGAAUAACUGCCCUGAAAACCAAGAUGUGCCCAGUCAUUCUUAACGGGGGCUAAUGAUUGUUUCGUCUAAAUAGUAUAGUGACUUGAAAAUAUGAUGCCAUUUGCUAAAGUAGGCAAAUAAUUAGUUGGAAACAACUUGGCCAUCAUUAUGAUCAAAUUUACUUUAGACAGAUGGCAAUGUUGCUAUUAGUAAGCAAUGCUAACGUUAUCUAGGUAAAAUCCAGUGCUCUCCCCUCAAUCUUAGCUAGCUAGCUAACGUUGUACUACAUGUAAAGUCAAUCUGAUGACAUUGCAGUGAUGACAAAAGGUUUUCCUACUAAUUAGUUGCCUCCUUUUUCAUCCUGUUUGAGAAUGUAUUGAGUAGAACGUUCAGUUGUGCACCAGUCCUCAAGAUACAUUUCAUAACAAUGGCGUGAAUGACGCUAAGUGCGACCCAUGAAUUAUGUAGUGAGAGAGUGUGUCAGUCCACAGCACCAGGGGCGUCUGAGCCUGGACCUGAGCCAGAAGUGUCCAGCAGCAGACUACUCAUCAUCCUCGUCACGCAGCAGCAGCACCUCCCAUGGUACCAACUCACUACCCUCCAGCGCUCGCCUGGGCCUUGGUCAGUCACCCACGCACGCCACCCACGCACGCCACACACCCACGCAUACCACACACACACACACACACACACACACACACACACACACACAAAAUACUCAUAUUAUGCAUGUUUGCGCGCACACACACACUGAUGAACUUUUCCAUUCCAUCAGGUUGGUCCAGUAAGGUCCAGUACCGGACAGAGAGGAUAAAGGUCCCCUCCACGCCCCGCUACCCUCGAUCCAUGCUGGGCUCUGACAGAGGUACCUACAUGGAUAGAGCAAUGAAUGAAUGAACGGAUGAAUUUACGGAUGGAUGGAUAAUUGAACAAACAAAUGAAUUAACAAAUGGCUGGAUGGAUGAAUGAAUGUAUUAACUUUUUAAGAUUCCUAUUCCUUGAAUACUGUACCUCUCUACCAAUAUUUUCUGACGCUGGUCCCAAGGGGCCUUUAAAACACCGAUUUUUCCACUCAACCAAAGAACUUAUUCCAAAUCAAACAGCUGACCACCCUCAUGUAUUCUCGGAGGAGAAUGUGGCAGCCCUGUUAGCAGCUCAUUUACAGGUGCUGCGCUGUCAUUUACUGCUGAAAGAGGUGGGACCCAAACAGUCAUAACACUAAACACAGGGAAACACUUGCUUAAUCAUAUAGAUUUGAUGUCCCUGGCAGUUAAAGCUGAUGGUGAACAUGCUUGUGUCAGGAUAUUUACAACCUGAUUACCUCUCUGAGAAAUGACGCUGUAACUGUGGACCAAUUCUCUCCCUUUCCCACUCUCUCCCUCUCGCUCUACUACCAUGUUUUAACUGUUGUGAGUAUUUGAAUUGUUUUUGCUAUGGUUGUAAGAAUGACAAACACAUUUUCCUUUCGGGAUUAAUAAAGUACAUUCUUAUCUCAUCUCACAUCUCAUUUUAAGUCUCUUCCCCUCUCUUCUCCCUCCCUCUCCCCGGCCCCUCGCCUUCAGGCUCCCUGUCCCAUUCAGAGUGCAGCAGCCCCAGCCUCAUCACUCCACCCCACUCACCUCUCAACCUGGAGACUUCCUCGUUCGCCAGCAGCCAAUCACAGAGCUCUAUCUCCACCCUGCCUAGAAUCUCCGUCAGCCCUGUGCCAAUAGGAGAGCGCAGGAAAGACCGGUAGGAAGGAGAAGAGGAGACAAGGGGGGAAAAGGAGUUUGAAAAGAGUUAGGGCUGGAAGGUGUAAAACAGUGUCUGGAGUACCUCUCCGCCCCCAGCAGUUCUAUUUAUUUACUUGAAUUCAGUACUAGCACACACGAUUCAAUUUGUCAAAUAAUCACCAAGCCCUUUGUUAGUUGAAUCAGGUGUGCAAGUACUGGAAUAGGCUGAGGGUAAUUGGGGAGAGGUUUGGGAAACACUGCUCUAGAAUAAUACAAAUAGGAAGUGUGUGAUGCAUUGAUUAUAGAUCAGUUAUAAUGCUGUUUGUAAAUGCAGUAUAAAGGUCAGUUGUGUGUUGCUGUCGUUUCUCCUUGUAGCCUGGUCCCAGAUCUGUUUGUGCUUUAGCCAACUCCCCUGACUAUGCCAGUGGAAUGACAAUGUUAGUCAGAAGGAUUUGCUAAAGCACACACAGAAGGAACCAGGCUAGUUUCCUUGUAUUUUUCUGUUAUUUAUUCUUCUCACAGCAGACCUGUUUGACCUCUGCAUAGUUCCUAUUUUUCACCACCUCACUGUUUCCUUUUGCUGUCUGCCCUGUCUGUUUUCCUCUCCUCCAUCUCCUCCCUCGUUUCCUUUCUUCUAUCUGCCGUGUGUAUGAAUGUCUCCAGGUCUCUGUACCAUAACAGGUCUUUUCUGAGGAUCCCUCUGGCUGCUAGGCCGAGGUUCUCCUCUCUCAGGAGCCUCAGGUUCGUUGGAUCCACCUCAGACACAGAUGGUCUUACUGUUAACAUGCUUGAGUGUUAGAUAGAAAUACUGAAAUAUAGAUAUAGUCCCUAGCCCCUCCAGAAACAACCCCUACUCCCCACCCUGAGGCACUUGCCUAGUGACUAGGGUCUGGUAGAGAGCCCAUCGAGAUCUAGUGUAGGCACCUGGAAUGUAUAAAGCAUGCGUUGUGGUAUUUCUCACCCCUGAACAGCAGUUAGGCCUGAAUCCCACUUUCGAGUCAAAUAGGUCUGUGCAUGCUAGGUUUACAUUAGCUUGCGUCUCACUGAAAAGAUCCAGAAAACCUGCUCAACUCUUCCUCUUGAACCGGAUUUGAUAGAUUGAUGUGCGCUGUGUCUCAAUUGUGUUUGUAUGAUUGGACUUGUUGAAAUGACGUGGCCACUUGUUUCAUGUGUAAAGUCUUUCUCACUGAAGCUGCAUGCUACUGAACUACCGCGUCCUUUUGCAGAUGGCAAGGCAUUCUGUGUGUGUUUGGGUCCAAUCCUAGUCACUUUGCUGAGUGUGAAGCUACCUCUGAGUCCACCUCACAACCUCUGGAUCUUUAGCUUGUCUUCAUCUUUUAGCACACUGUCUGUCCCUUUUUAUUUCUGUCUGUUGGUCCUUCCUGUGAUAUGUAAUAUGCCUCCGUAUAUGAAAUAUGUCUCUGUGUUGUGAAAAUCAACAUGUGCGUUUCAUAGCACCGUAGUCCCUAUGUAGUGCAGAACUUUUGGCCAGACCCUUUUUUUUGGGAAUUGACAUGCAGCCCUGAUGUUUGUCGUUUAUUCUCCUCCCUCCUUCCUUCCCUCCCUCCCUCUCAUCAGGCCGUACCUGGAGGAACCUCGGAACGUGAUUGUUCACAAAGGGGCGGAGCCUCUGGGCAUCUCUAUCGUCGGCGGCGAGAACGGUGGCAUCUUCGUCUCCAAGGUGACGGGAGGCAGCAUCGCCCACCAGGCCGGCCUGGAGUACGGCGACCAGCUCCUCGAGGUAACUUCCUGUUUCAUUGCUUCCUGACAGGGUUAAGGAUCAAAUCUCAGGAGGAAAUUGUCAAUGUGAUUCUGUGAUGUAGACUGCAACCAGCACAGUUACUUGCACAUCUAGACCACAUGUGCUAAUUCCCUGUUAAUGGAAUAAAACAUUACAUUUAACAUUAUAGACAUUUACAGUACCAGUCAAAAGUUUGGACACACCUACAGGGUUUUUCUUUAUUUUUACUAUUUUCUACAUUGUAGAAUAAUAGUGAAGACAUCACAACUAUGAAAUAACGAAUAUGGAAUCAUGUAGUAACCAGAAAAGUGUUAAAGAAAUCAAAAUAUAUUUUAUAUUUGAGAUUCUUCAAAGGAGCCACCCUUUGCCUUGAUGACAGCUUUGCACCCUCUUGGCAUUCUCUCAACAAGCUUAAUGAGGAAUGCUUUUCCAACAGUCUUGAAGGAGUUCCCACAUAUGCUGAGCACUUGUUGGCUGCUUUUCCUUCACUCUGUGGUCCAACUCAUCCCAUACCAUCUCAAUUGGGUUGAGGUCGGGUGAUUGUGGAGGCCAGGUCAUCUGAUGCAGCACUCCAUCACUCUCCUUCUUGGUCAAAUAGCCCUUACACAGCCUGGAGGUGUGUUUUGGGUCAUUGUCCUGUUGAUAAACAAAUGAUAGUCCCACUAUCGCUGCAGAAUGCUGUUGUAGCCAUGCUGGUUAAGUGUGCUUUGAAUUCUAAAUAAAUCACCGAAAUGUUAACCAGCAAUGCACCAUCUCACCACCUCCUCCAUGCUUCACGGUGGGAAGCACACAUGCAGAGAUCAUCCGUUCACCUACUCUGCGUCUCACAAAGACACGGUGGUUGGAACCAAACAUCUCAAAUUUGGACUCAUCAGACCGAAGGACAGAUUUCCACUGGUCUAAUGUCCAUUGCUUGUGUUUCUUGGCCCAAACAAGUCUCUUCUUCUUAUUGGUGUCCUUUAGUAGUGGUUUCUUUGCAGCAAUUCGACCAUGAAGGCCUGAUUCACACAGUCUCCUCUGAACAGUUGAUGUUGAGAUGUGUCUGUUACUUGAACUCUGUGAAUCAUUUAUUUGGGCUGCAAUCUGAGGUGCAGUUAAUUGCCGAUUUCUGAGGCUGGUAACUCUAAUUAACUUAUCCUCUGCAGCAGAGGUAACUCUGGGUCUUCCUUUCCUGUGACGGUCCUCAUGAGAGCCAGUUUCAUCAUAGCACUUGAUGGUUUUUGCGACUGCACUUGAAGAAACUUUCAAAGUUCUUGACAUUUUCCGGAUUGACUGACCUUCAUGUCUUAAGGUAAUGAUGGACUGUCAUUUCUCUUUGCUUAUUUGAGCUGUUCUUGCCAUAAUAUGGACUUGGUCUUUUACCAAAUAGGGCUAUCUUCUGUAUACCAACCCUACCUUGUCACAACACAACUGAUUGGCUCAAACGCAUUAAGAAGGAAAGAAAUUCCACAAAUUAACUUUUGAAAGGCACACCUGUUAAUUUAAAUGCAUUCCAGGUGACUACCUCAUGAAGCUGGUUGAGCGAAUGCCAAGAGUGUGCUAAGCUGUCAUCAAGGCAAAGGGUGGCUAUUUGAAGAAUCUCAAAUAUAGAAUAUAUUUAGAUUUGUUUAACACUUUUUUGGUUACUACAUGAUUCCAUAUGUGUUAUUUCAUAGUUUUGAUGUCUUCACUAUUAUUCUACAAUGUAGAAAAUAGUAAAAAGAAACUAAAACCCUUGAAUGAGUAGAUGUGUCUUAACUUUUGAUUGGUAGUGUAGCAGACGCUCUUAUCCAGAAUGAUUUAGACACACAUUCAUGCAUGAAUAUGAUCUGUAGAAUUGAAGUGCUGUUUAUUUUCAGUGAGAAUUUUUCAAUAACAUCUUGACUUUCUCUCCUCCCCUCCCUCUCCUCCCCUCUCCCCCUCUCCUCUCCCUCUCCUCCCCUCUCUCUCCUCUUUCUCUCCUCCCCUCUCCCCCUCCUCUUUCUCUGCUCAUCUCUCUCCCUCUCAUCUUUCUCUCCUCCCCUCUCUCCCCUCUCCUCUUCCUCUCCUCCUCUCUCUCUCUCCCUCUCCUCUUUCUCUCCUCCCCUCCCCCUCUCCUCUUCCUCUCCUCCCCUCUCCCCCUCUCCUCUUCCUCUCUCCCCCUCUCCUCUUUCUCUCCUCCCCUCUCUCCCCCUCUCCUCUUCCUCUCCUUCCCUUCCUCCAGUAUAAUGGUAUUAACCUGCGUAAUGCCACGGAGCAGCAGGCCAGGCUGAUCAUUGGUCAGCAGUGUGACACCAUCACCAUUAUGGCUCAAUACAACCCCCACAUGUACCAGCUGGGAAACCCCUCACGAUCCAGGUAAACAAUGACAUUUCUUCCCUGUGGUCAAUUUACAGAAAUAUAAGGGUAAUCAAAGAUAGAAUGUCACUCUUUCAUACUUCAAAAGGGGUGUAAAAUCUACCUUGGGCCAUGACAUAGUCAUCAUUUGGCGAAAUAUACAGGCCUCAUUUGGCACCAUUGUAUCCUAUUUAAAUAGAUGGAUAGAUGUUCAUUUGUCUAAGGUUUCUCUCUCUCUCUCUCUCUCUCUCUCUCUCUUUCUCUCCCUCUCUUUCUAUUUCUCUCUCUCUCUCUCUCUCUUUCUCUCCCUCUCUUUCUAUUUCUCUCUCUCUCUCUUUCUCUCCCUCUCUUUCUAUUUCACUUUCUCUCGCUCUCUCUUUCUCUCGCUCUCUCUUUCUCUCGCUCUCUGCGUCUGUAGUUCUCGUCUGGAGCCGGUGAGCAGCCAGUCGACGCCCCAGGGCAGUGGAGCCACCACCCCAGACAACCACUCUACUAUAGACACUCUGAGUGAACAGGACGAAGGAACCCUCACCCCCUCCUCCAAACAGACCACCCCUACAACUAGUCCUCACAGCUUCAGCAGGUAACACACACCUCUGACUGCUCCAGCCUCUCCAACCUAAUGUGGUUUUGUGUAUAUUGCAGGGGGUACAGCAGAAGAUACAUUAAUGUUUUGUAAAGUAUUCUUGUUCUUCCCUCCACCCUCCAGGGUGUCGUCAGAGGGCAGUUGUAAGGUGUGUGAGCCGCGGGUGGUGACGGUGCGCAGGGCCCAGGGGACAGAGCUGGGGCUGGGGCUGUGUGGAGGGAACCUCCGGGGGGUCUAUGUAGAGAGUCUGGAGGAGGACAGCCCUGCUAGGGGACCAGAGGGGCUGCAGCCUGGAGACCUCAUACUGGAGGUAGGUUAUACAUAAACCAGCAUGUAGGUGGACACACCACACACAAGGUCUAUAACAACUUUUUUGAGUGAACAUUUUUCACCGUGCAGCAUCCCUGCCAAAGCCCAUUACCGUUUUCCCUGCCUGUCUUUGUUCCUUCAUCGAUUUCCCCGCUCCUCUCUUUCUCUCAGUGUACCUACACGGCCAAUCUCUCUAUACAGAGAGACACAGGCAGCUAACUCGUACUAUCCCAUUCCUGUCAUGCUCCCACUCUGUCCUCCAAGCAGGCCUUGAGCUUUGUCAUCAGAACAGAACUCACUGUAGAACUGUUCCCUUUCAUCUCCCUGUCCGGUCUCCUCCUCUCUCAUCCUCCUCCUAAUCAAUAGACAGACACUUCAAACAGUCAAGGGGCUUCUGUCCUCUCCUCCUCCUCACUAUUCAAUAGACAGACAUGCAACCAAAACACCACACAGGCUGAAGGAGUCGGUGUUUCAUCUCUGGACCAGCCCAGAGCUUUGAAAUGAAUGUAUUGAUUGGUCUAGACACUGCCAAAAUCUGUCACUCAUCUCUCUCACUCUUUCUCUUCUUUUUCUCGCUCUGUAUCUCUCACACUCUUGUUCCAUCUCUCCCUCUUCUCUCUCUCCUCUCUCUUCUAAUUUUUGAUGUUUGAAUGUUUUUUCCCCAUUUGUUUGUGUAAUGGAUGAUGUUGACCCAAUAAAGGGGAUUAUAAAUUCCAGUUCUCUCUCUCAGUAUGGGUCAGUGAAUAUGAAGAACAAGACGGUGGAGGAGGUGUAUGUAGAGAUGCUAAAGCCGGCUGAGACGGUCACUCUCAGAGUUCAACAACGACCGGACGACUUCAACAUGGUCAAAGACACACCGGGGGACGGCUUCUAUAUCAGGUACACACGCAGCCUGUCUCCAAAAUGCCUGUUUCAUGAUGCACCAGUGAAGCCCAUGGAGAGGAACUAUCUCUUAAUCUAAAGCAAUUAUGUCCCACAUCCAGGAGGAUCAUCCUUAAUCUGUUUCACUAUAGAGAUACUAUCUGUCUGUCUGCGUCUAUCUGUCUAUUUAUAUAUCUGUCUGUCUCUCUGUCUGUGUAUAUACAGUACCAGUCAAAAGUUUGGACAUCUACUCAUUCAAGGGUUUUCUUUAUUUCUACUAUUUUCUACAUUGUAGAAUAAUAGUGAAGACAUCAAAACUAUGAAAUAACACAUAUGGAAUCAUGUAGUAACCAAAAAAGUGUUAAACAAAUAAAAAUGUUUUAUAUUUGAGAUUCUUCAAAGUUGCCACCCUUUGCCUUGAUGACAGCUUUGCACACUCUCAACCAGCUUCAUGAAGUAGUCACCUGGAAUGCAUUUCAAUUAACAGCCAGCUACCAUCUAGUGGCACUACACAACCAGCUACCAUCUAGCCCCACUACACAGCCAGCUACCAUCUAGCCCCACUACACAACCAGCUACCAUCUAGCCCCACUACACAGCCAGCUACCAUCUAGCCCCACUACACAGCCAGCUACCAUCUAGCCCCACUACACAGCCAGCUACCAUCUAGCUCAGGGUUCUUCAAUUCCGGUCCUGGAGGGCCGAAACACCUCUGUUUUUCAUCCUCUCCUUCUAAUCAGGGGCUAAUUCAGACCUGGGACACCAGGUGAGUGCAAUUAACUACCAGGUAGAAAUAAAAAACAGAAGUGUUUCGGCCCUCCAGGACCGGAAUUGAAGAACCCUGAUCUAGCCCCACUACACAGCCAGCUACCAUCUAGCCCCACUACACAGCCAGCUACCAUCUAGCCCCACUACACAACCAGCUACCAUCUAGCCCCACUACACAGCCAGCUACCAUCUAGCCCCACUACACAGCCAGCUACCAUCUAGCCCCACUACACAGCCAGCUACCAUCUAGCCCCACUACACAGCCAGCUACCAUCUAGCCCCACUACACAGCCAGCUACCAUCUAGCCCCAUUACACAACCAGCUACCAUCUAGCCCCACUACACAACCAGCUACCAUCUAGCCCCACUACACAGCCAGCUACCAUCUAGCCCCACUACACAACCAGCUACCAUCUAGCCCCACUACACAGCCAGCUACCAUCUAGCCCCACUACACAACCAGCUACCAUCUAGCCCCACUACACAGCCAGCUACCAUCUAGCCCCACUACACAGCCAGCUACCAUCUAGCCCCACUACACACCAGCUACCAUCUAGCCCCACUACACAGCCAGCUACCAUCUAGCCCCACUACACAACCAGCUACCAUCUAGCCCCACUACACAACCAGCUACCAUCUAGCCCCACUACACAACCAGCUACCAUCUAGCCCCACUACACAACCAGCUACCAUCUAGCCCCACUACACAGCCAGCUACCAUCUAGCCCCACUACACAGCCAGCUACCAUCUAGCCCCAUUACACAACCAGCUACCAUCUAGCCCCACUACACAGCCAGCUACCAUCUAGCCCCACUACACAGCCAGCUACCAUCUAGCCCCACUACACAGCCAGCUACCAUCUAGCCCCACUACACAACCAGCUACCAUCUAGCCCCACUACACAACCAGCUACCAUCUAGCCCCAUUACACAGCCAGCUACCAUCUAGCCCCACUACACAACCAGCUACCAUCUAGCCCCAUUACACAGCCAGCUACCAUCUAGCCCCACUACACAGCCAGCUACCAUCUAGCCCCACUACACAACCAGCUACCAUCUAGCCCCAUUACACAAAGAGUACAUUUCUCCUUCUCCUCCAGGCAUUGUGAACAAACUGAGCAAUCUCACGCCCUGUCUGAAACAAAAUUCAAGCCUCUGCUCAGCCUGUAACCAGAAUACCCCAGAGUUAUCACCAACAUGUCUCAGAUCGUCAUACAGAGGGUAAUAAAACACUAAAUGGAGUUUGUUUUUGAUUUCCCCAAGAUCACACAGUAGGCAAAUUCUGUCCUCUUCAGGCGCUCUGUUAACUAUAGCCAGAGGGAAGGUGUUGGAACUGAGUUGUGCACAAACUGACUUUUUAGCUUUUUGUUAGUUUCAGACGGACAUAUGGUUCAGGGGUGUAGUUCUCUUUGAUGAGUGUACGUUCUAAGUUUAGGUUUAAACCAAACAACAUCAACUGCCCAUUUUUCUUUGUGGAUCAGAAAAGGCUUGUCCUUGAUUUGGUUAAUACCACCUGGUCAUUUGUUCCUGAAUAUACUGCAAAUUAGUUUCACAAAAAAUAAUAACAAUUAUCUAGCCCAUGGAUAGUUAUGAGUAAGGUCCCAGUCAAACACUUUAUUUUUUUUUUGGUGAUUCUGUGUUCUGGCAAAUGUAUCUGUCUGUUCCAUAGACGUAACAUGUCACCUUUUUGCCGAACCACACAUGGUUCCCAACCCAUAUCUCCAUAGAUGGCCAGGUUUGGAGUCAGUUUGUGCACACCAAGAAAGCAGCGGAUUGCUCUGUUCUGAACAUUGUUACAAUUAGUAUCUUACUAUAGAGAUACAGUCCUGUCUGUCUGUUUGUCUCACACAGCAGGGUUGGUAUACCUACAGACAGAAAAACCGAGGAGAAUUACCCUCUCCAUUGGCGCCUGGCUAAAUUCCCCUGUAGAGAGUGUGUGCCUUGUCAGGGUUGGGGCUGUGUGUGUGGGCACUAGGCAGAACCGGGACAGCCCGUAGAAUACUGGCUGUAGGGGAGUGUGUGUCGGUCAGUGCUGCUGUUUGUUGUUAGAAGUCUGUAAAAAGCUGACUAUGUGUCCCAAAUGGCACCCUAUUCCCUAUAUAGUGCACUAUUUUGAACCAGGGCCCAUUGACAAGUAGUGCACUAUAUAAGGAAUAGAGUGACAUUUGGGACGCAGCCUGAGUCUCUGCAUGGCAGCAGCUGCCUGCCGCAGUCACUAGUCAUACAGAUCGGGUCAUGAUGUCAGCCCCAACCCUGACACGGCCUACACGCGCGCGCACACACACACACACACACACACACACACACACACACACACACACACACACACACACACACACACACACACAAACACAGCCCCAACGCUGAGAAAACGAGCUAUGGGGCUCCAACCUUACUGGGCUAGACUUUAAAGGGGAACAGGGACACUUGCGCACUCACAUAGGAGCACAGUCACAGUGAACACACACACUAACCCGCUCUCCAUUCCACCCAUCCUCUCGCUUUCUCCCUCCCCCUCCUUCCGUCUCCCUCCAUCUCUCCAGAGCACUUUAUGAGCGGACAUCGGAGGCAGAGCUGGACCUGAGUUUUCAGAAGGAUGACAUCCUCUAUGUGGAUGAUACUCUACCAAAGGGCAGCUUCGGCAGCUGGAUGGUCUGGCAGCUGGAUGAGAACGCACAGCGGAUACAGAGAGGACAGAUCCCCAGCAAAUACAUGUAAGACACACACACACACACACACAAUCAGACAUUCACACACUCAUACGCAGACACAAACACACACACGCAUAAUUAAGUCAUUAGCUGCGACCAGUUAGUCCCUCCCCAUCAUUUGGGAUACUUGCGUGUGUCAUGAGACUUGUGUAAUUAUAUUGUAUGUCUCUGUGUGCCUGUGUCUGUGCAGGAUGGACCAGGAGUUUUACCGUAGACACAGUAUGACGGAGCUGAAGGACGACAAGGACGGUAAGAGCCUGUCUGCCGCUGCCAGGAGAUCCUUCUUCAGGAGGAAACACAAACACAAACGCAGCGGCUCCAAAGACGGCAAGGAACUGGUGGCUCAGGACGCCAUUAGCACAGACUCCAUACCAUUCCUAGAGGGUGAGGACACACACACACACACACAAUGGAUUAGGGCUGUAGUGUGUAACGCUACCCCACUGACUGAUUUGGUUGUGUGUGUGUGUGUGUAACCAUGUACAGUACCAGUCAAAAGUUUGGACACACCUACUCAUUCAAGGGUUUUUCUUUAUUUUUACUAUUUUCUACAUUGUAGAAUAAUAGUGAAGACAUCAAAACUAUGAAAUAACACACAUGGAAUUAUGUGUUAAACAAAUCAAAAUAUAUUUUAGAUUCUUCAAAGUAGCCACCCUUUGCCUUGAUGACAGCUUUGCACACUCUUGGCAUUCUCUCAACCAGUUCACCUGGAAUGCUUUUCCAACAGUCUUGAAGGAGUUCCCACAUAUGCUGAGCACUUGUUGGCUGCUUUUCCUUCACUCUGUGGUCCAACUCAUCCCAAACCAUCUCAAUUUGGUUGAGGUCGGGUGAUUGUGGAGGCCAGGUCAUCUGAUGCAGCAUUCCAUCACUCUCGUUCUUGGUCAAAUAGCCCUUACACAGCCUGGAGGUGUCUUGGGUCAAAAACAAGUGAUAGUCCCACUAAGCCCAAACCAGAUGGGAUGGCGUAUCGCUGCAGAAUGCUGGUUAAGUGUGCCUUAAAUUCUAAAUAAAUCACUGACAGUGUCACCAGCAAAGCACCAUCACACCUCCUCCUCCAUGCUUCACGGUGGGAACCACACAAGCAGAGAUCAUCCGUUCACCUACUCUACGUCUCACAAAGGCAUUGCGGUUCGAACCAAAAAUCUCAAAUUUGGACUCAUCAGACCAAAGGACAGAUUUCCACCGGUCUAAUGUCCAUUGCUCGUGUUUCUUGGCCCAAACAAGUCUCUUCUUCUUAUUGGUGUCCUUUAGUAGUGGUUUCUUUGCAGCAAUUCGACCAUUUUAUGCUGAGAUGUGUCUGUUACUUGAACUCUGUGAAGCAUUUAUUUGGGCUGCAAUUUCUGAGGCUGGUAACUCUAAUGAACUUAUCCUCUGCAGCAGAGGUAACUCUGGGUCUUCCUUUCCUGUGGCGGUCCUCAUGAGAGCCAGUUUCAUCAUAGCGCUUGAUGGUUUUUGCGACUGCACUUGAGGAAACUUUCAAAGUUCUUGACAUUUUCCGUAUUGACUGACCUUCAUGUCUUAAAGUAAUGAUGGACUGUCGUUUCUCUUUGCUUAUUUGAGCUGUUCUUGCCAUAAUAUGGACUUGGUCUUUUACCAAAUAGGGCUAUCUUCUGUAUACCCCCCUACCUUGUCACAACACAACUAAUUGGCUCAAACGCAUUAAGAAGGAAAGAAAUUCCACAAAUUAACUUUUAAGAAGCCACACCUGUUUAAUUGAAAUGCAUUCCAGGUGACUACCUCAUGAAGCUGGUUGAGCGAUUGCCAUGAGUGUGCAAAGCUGUCAUCAAGGCAAAGGGUGGCUAUUUGAAGAAUCUCAAAUAUAAAAUAUAUUUAGAUUUGUUUAACACUUUUUUGGUUACUACAUGAUUCCAUAGUUUUGAUGUCUUCACUAUUAUUGUACAAUGUAGAAAAUAGUAAAAAAUAAAGAAAAACCCUGGGAUGAGUGUGUCCAAACAUUGACUGGUACUGUAUGUAUUGUGUGUGUGUCUCCCUCUCAGACUCUGUGAGCCUGGCGUACCAGCGGGUCCAGAAGGUAGAGUGUGUUUCUCCUAGGCCGGUCCUGAUCCUCGGCCCACUCUCAGACCCCGUCAAGGACAUGCUGGUCAAAGAGUCCCCCAGGAAGUUCUGCAGAUGUGUCCUGGGUGAGUUAAGUGCAACAUAGUACCCCAAUAUAAUACUAAUAAUACCCCAAACUGGUUGAGUAGAGAACAGCACUAUAUAUAUUAUUAAUAAUACCCCAAACCUGUUGAGUAGAGUACACCAUAUCCUACCACUUUAUAAUACUAAUAAUACCCCAAACUGGUUGAGUAAAACAGCACUAGUACCUAUGUCGCUAGCUACACUGAGAGCAAUUCACUCAGAACAGACUUUUAAGUCAUAGAGAUUGCGUCCCAAAUGGCACCCAAUUCCCUACAGUGCAUUCGGAAAGUAUUCAGACACCUUGACUUUUUCCACAUUUUGUUACGUUACAGCCUUAUUCUAAAAUGGAUGUAAAACAUUUUUUUUUUGCUCACCAAUCGACACACAAUAAUACCCCACAAUGACAAAACAAAUACUUUUUUUUUUUUAUGAAAAAAAAAUUGAAAUAUCACAUUUACAUAAGUAUUCAGACCCUUUACUCAGUACUUUGUUGAAGCACCUUUGGCAGCGAUUACAGCCUCAAGUCUUCUUGGGUAUGACGCUACAAGCUUGGCAUACCUGUAUUUGGGGAGUUUCUCCCAUUUUUCUCUGCAGAUCCUCUCCAGCUCUGUCAGGUUGGAUGGGGAGCGUCGCUGCACAGCUAUUUUCAAGUCUCUCCAGAGAUGUUCAAUCGGGUUCAAGUCCGGGCUGGUCCACUCAAGGACAUUCAGAGACUUGUCCCGAAGCCACUCCUGCGUUCUCUUGGCUGUGUGCUUAGGGUCGUUGUCCUGUUGGAAGGUGAACCUUCGCCCAAGUCUGAGGUCCUGAGCGCUCUGGAGCAGGUUUUCAUCAAGGAUCUCUCUGUACUUUGCUCUGUUCAUCUUUCCCUUGAUCCUGACAAUUCUCCCUGUUCCUGCCGCUGCAAAACAUCCCCACAGCAUGAUGCUUCCACCCCCAUGCUUCACCGUAGGGAUGGUGACCAUCGGGCUCUUGGUCACCUCCCUGACCAAGACCCUUCUCCCCAGAUUGCUCAGUUUGGCUGGGCGGCCAGCUCUAGGAAGAGUCUUGGUGGUUCCAAACUUCUUCCAUUUAAGAAUGAUGGAGGCCACUGUGUUCUUGGGGACCUUCAAUGCUGCUGAAUGUUUUUGGUACCCUUCUCCAGAUCUGUGCCUAGACACAAUCCUGUCUCGGAGCUCUACGGACAAUUCCUUUGACCUCAUGGCUUGGUUUUUGCUCUGACAUGCACUGUCAACUGUGGGACCUAAUAUAGACAGGUGUGUGCCUUUCCAAAUCAUGUCCAAUCAAUUGAAUUUACCACAGGUGGACUCCAAGUUGUAGAAACAGCUCAAGGAUGAUCAAUGGAAACAGGAUGCACCUGAGCUCAAUUUCGAGUCUCAUAGCAAAGGGUCUGAAUACUUAUGCAAAUAAGGUAUUUCUUUUUUAUGUUUUGCAAAAUAAUUGAAAAACCUGUUUUCGCUUUGUCAUUAUGGGGUAUUGUGUGUAGAUUGAGGGGGAAAAAAUAUUUUAAUCCAUUUUAGAGUAAGGCUGUAACGUAACACAAUAUGGAAAAAGGGAACGCUCUGAAUACUUUCCAAAUGCACUGUAGUGCACUACUUUUGACCACAGCCUUAUGUGCUCUGUGGAUGGGGUUCCAUUUCGGACACAGACAUUGUCCUGCAUGCAUUCCAAAAGCAAAGGGUACAUAAGAGUAUAUUAUUGACUAUUGAUGAUUACUUGUCAUUUAUCAAACGGAAUGGGGUUGGACUUAUAGAAAUACAAUCAUUGAGUAUAGCCCUUCUUGUAAUGUCUAUUUAUUUGGUUAUACUACUGUGUCGUAUUCAUUAUGAUUAGGGCACAUUGUAGCAAAAUGUUUUCUGACUUCUGUCUGUCUCCAUGUGGUUUCCUCAGAGGUGAUGAAGGCAUCCCAGCAGGCUAUAGAGCGCGGAGUCAAAGACUGCCUCUUCAUCGACUACAAACGCAGGAGUGGCCAUUUUGACGUGACCACUGUGGCCUCCAUCAAGGAGAUCACAGAGAAGGUACAACGUCAGGGCUGAUCUAGGAUCAGUUUCUCCUUUUAGAUAAUAGUGAAUAAGAUUAUAUGAACAGGGGGGACCUGAUCCUAGAUAAACACUUCUACAUUGUCAGAUCCUCGUCUCUUUUAUCAGGUAAGUGUACCCCUUAGUUAUUUCAGAAUUAAGUUAGAUGUGGUCAAUUAAAAGCAGAUUUAAUGUCACUUCAAAAGCAGUCCUCAGGUUUUUAGAUUUUCACAAUUUACAACGUUCUGUCGUAAUAGAAGUCGAGUCUCUUGCAUUUAAUCCUUUCUGAAAGCGGUAGGAACAUGUUGAUCCUUUCUGAAAGCGGUAGGAACAUGUUGAUCCUUUCUGAAAGCGGUAGGAACAUGUUGAUCCUUUCUGAAAGCGGUAGGAACAUGUUGAUCCUUUCUGAAAGCGGUAGGAUCAUGUUGUAUCAUGUUGAUCCUUUCUGAAAGCGGUAGGAUCAUGUUGUAUCAUGUUGAUCCUUUCUGAAAGCGGUAGGAACAUGUUGAUCCUUUCUGAAAGCGGUAGGAUCAUGUUGUAUCAUGUUGAUCCUUUCUGAAAGCAGUAGGAUCAUGUUGUAUCAUGUUGAUCCUUUCUGAAAGCGGUAGGAACAUGUUGAUCCUUUCUGAAAGCGGUAGGAACAUGUUGAUCCUUUCUGAAAGCAGUAGGAACAUGUUGAUCCUUUCUGAAAGCAGUAGGAACAUGUUGAUCCUUUCUGAAAGCAGUAGGAACAUGUUGAUCCUUUCUGAAAGCAGUAGGAACAUGUUGAAGGAUCCUUUCUGAAAGCAGUAGGAACAUGUUGAUCCUUUCUGAAAGCAGUAGGAUCAUGUUGAUCCUUUCUGAAAGCAGUAGGAUCAUGUUGAUCCUUUCUGAAAGCAGUAGGAUCAUGUUGAUCCUUUCUGAAAGCAGUAGGAUCAUGUUGAUCCUUUCUGAAAGCAGUAGGAUCAUGUUGAUCCUUUCUGAAAGCAGUAGGAUCAUGUUGAUCCUUUCUGAAAGCGGUAGGAUCAUGUUGAUCCUUUCUGAAAGCGGUAGGAUCAUGUUGAUCCUUUCUGAAAGCGGUAGGAUCAUGUUGAUCCUUUCUGAAAGCGGUAGGAACAUGUUGAUCCUUUCUGAAAGCGGUAGGAACAUGUUGAUCCUUUCUGAAAGCGGUAGGAACAUGUUGAUCCUUUCUGAAAGCAGUAGUAACAUGUUGAUCCUUUCUGAAAGCGGUAGGAUCAUGUUGAUCCUUUCUGAAAGCAGUAGGAUAAUGUUGAUCCUUUCUGAAAGCGGUAGGAUCAUGUUGCUUGUCAUCCCUGAUGUACCUAGAACAGGACUGAACUGAGACGUCCUCUUCUCCCUCUCUAAGGACUGUCACUGUCUGCUAGACAUCGCACCCCACGCCAUCGAGAGGCUACACAGCGUUCACAUCUACCCUAUCGUCAUCUUCAUCCGCUACAAAAACGCCAAGCAGAUCAAGUAAGUAGCCAGCCACACCCAUCCUCUUCACGGACUUUCAGUGUUAUAAACAUUCUAGAUAUUUUAAAUGUUAUGUUCCAUUUUAGGAGUUCUCUUAACUAGACUACUCAGGUCUGAGAUGAAAUAGUUCCAUGGAGAUGCAUAUUUAGUGUGUUUUGUCAAUUUCUACUUGGUGGUUGAGUUCACAGAAAGCUUGUGUGUGUGUGUGUGUGUGUGUGUGCGCGAUGGUCCCCCGGGUGAGUAACUCAUUGGAGAAAUGAAUGGGAUGUAAAGGGAUUUAGCAGGACGUUACAGUAUAAUAACAGCGGUAUAACGCUAAGCACAGUCAGAAAUCCCCAGGCUCCUUUUCUUCUUGACUACUAACACACACACACACACACACACACACACACACACACACACACACACACACACACACACACACAUUGAGAAAUCCCCUGGCUGUAUCCGGAUGUUAUUUGAUAACUUCCUCUCCUUGACCAGUAAGUAAUGAAAAGUUUGGAUAGAUUUCCUCUGUACCAUGAGAUUCCCCUGCAGACACACUGCCUUGCUGAAUAGCUCUGUGUCUGACCUGUGUGUGGACAUGAGUGUUUGAAUUAUGUGUGUGUCAGUUUAUAUUAGGAAAAUUUGGCACCAGACAACGUGCCCGGGAAGAUUAUAAUUUACCGGACAGUUGAGAAAUUUACCGGACAUCCGUAUGCGUUCAGAUCCGACCUGGCGCAGCCAGCGUCAUCAAUGAAUGAGGGAUGUUGGCCAAAUGAGACACAUUUACGUGUCCUUAAAAACAGCCUAUGACAAAAACACUAUUCCUUGCGUUUCGAUUUGUAGCACAUGCUAAACUUUGUAACCAAUUAUUUGUAUUUUUUUUUACUUUCCUAAAACAAAAAUUGUCCACCUCAUGGUUCAAUUGUCAGAGAUUUGAGCACUAAAUGCAUCAGGGCAUUACAUGCAUAGGCUUAAGUGUCCACUGUAUGAUAUUAUAUAUAUAUAUAUAUAUAUAGAACAAAAAUAUAAAUGCAACAUGCAACAAAUUCAUUGAUUUUCCUGAGUUACAGUUCAUAUGAGGAAACCAGUCAAUUGAAAUAAAUUCAUUAGGCCCUAAUCUAUGGAUUUCACAUGACUCGGAAUACAGAUAUGCAUCUGUUGGUCACAUAUACCUUAAAUAAAAUGGGCCUCACAAUGGGCCUCAGGAUCUGGGCAUGGUAUUUUUGUGCAUUCAAAUUGCCAUCGAUAAAAUGCAAUUGUGUUAAUUGUCCGUAGCUUGCCCGUACAAUAACCCCACCGCCACCAUGGGGCACUCUGUUCACAACGUUGACAUCAGCAAACCGCUUGCCCAUACGACGCCAUACACGUGGUCUGCGGUUGUGAGGCCGGUUGGAUGUACUGACAAAUUCUCUAAAACGAUGAUGGAGUCGGCUUAUGGUAGAGAAAUGAACAUUCAAUUCUCUGGCAACAGCUCUGGUGGACAUUCCUGCAGUCAGCAUGCAUAUUCUACGCUCCCUCAAAAUUUGAGACAUCUGUGGCGUUGUGUGACAAAACUGCACAUUUUAGUGGCCUUUUAUUGUCCCCUGCACAAGGUGCACCUGUGUAAAGAUCAUGCUGUUUGAUAUGCCACACCUGUCAGGUGGAUGGAUUAUCUUCGCAAAGGAGAAAUGCUCACUAACAGGGAUGUAAACAAAUUUGUGCACAACAUUUGAGAAAUAAGCUUUUUGUGCGUAUGGAACAUUUCUGGGAUCUUUUUAUUUCAGCUCAUGAAACAUGAGACCAACACUUUACAUGUUGCAUUUAUAUUAUUGUUGUGUGUGUGUGUGUGUGUGUGUGUGUGUGUGUGUGUGUGUGUGUGUGUGUGUGUGUGUGUGUGUGUGUGUGUGUGUGUGUGUGUGUGUGUGUGUGUGUGUGUGCGCGCACAGUGAGGGGAAAAAAGUAUUUGAUCCCCUGCUGAUUUUGUACGUUUGCCCACUGACAAAGAAAUGAUCAAUAAUUUUAAUGCUAGGUUUAUUUGAACAGUGAGAGACAGAAUAACAACAAAAAAAUCCAGAAAAACGCAUGUAAAAAAUGUUAUAAAUUGAUUUGCAUUUUAAUGAGGGAAAUAAGUAUUUGACCCCCUCUCAAUCAGAAAGAUUUCUGGCUCCCAGGUGUCUUUUAUACAGGUAACGAGCUGAGAUUAGGAGCACACUCUUAAAGGGAGUGCUCCUAAUCUCAGUUUGUUACCUGUAUAAAAGACACCUGUCCACAGAAGCAAUCAAUCAAUCAGAUUUCAAACUCUCCACCAUGGCCAAGGCCAAAGAGCUCUCCAAGGAUGUCAGGGACAAGAUUGUAGACCUACACAAGGCUGGAAUGGGCUACAAAACCAUCGCCAAGCAGCUUGGUGAGAAGGUGACAACAGUUGGUGCGAUUAUUCGCAAAUGGAAGAAACACAAAAGACCUGUCAAUCUCCCUCGGCCUGGGGCUCCAUGCAAGAUCUCACCUCGUGGAGUUGCAAUGAUCAUGAGAACGGUGAAGAAUCAGCCCAGAACUACACGGGAGGAUCUUGUCAAUGAUCUCAAAGCAGCUGGGACCAUAGUCACCAAGAAAACAAUUGGUAACACACUACGCCGUGAAGGACUGAAAUCCUGCAGCGCCCGCAAGGUCCCCCUGCUCAAGAAAGCACAUAUACAGGGCCGUCUGAAGUUUGCCAAUGAACAUCUGAAUGAUUCAGAGGAGAACUGGGUGAAAGUGUUGUGGUCAGAUGAGACCAAAAUGGAGCUCUUUGGCCUCAACUCGCCGUGUUUGGAGGAGGAGGAAUGCUGCCUAUGACCUCAAGAAUACCAUGCCCACCGUCAAACAUGGAGGUGUAAACAUUAAGCUUUGGGGGUGUUUUUCUGCUAAGGGGACAGGACAACUUUAUCGCAUCAAAGGGACGAUGGACGGGGCCAUGUACCGUCAAAUCUUGGGUGAGAACCUCCUUCCCUCAGCCAGGGCAUUGAUGGCCAACUACAAGAAACAUCUGACCUCUGUGAUUGCCAACAAGAGUUUUGCCACCAAGUACUAAGUCAUGUUUUGCAGAGGGGUCAAAUACUUAUUUCCCUCAAAUAAAAUGCAAAUCAUUUUAUAACAUUUUUGACAUGCAUUUUACUGGAUUUUUUUGUUGUUAUUCUAUCUCUCACUGUUCAAAUAAACCUACCAUUUAAAAUUAUAGACUGAUCAUGUCUUUGUCAGUGGGCAAACGUACAAAAUCAGCAAGGGAUCAAAUACUUUUUUCCCACACUGUAUGUAUGUAUGUAUGUAUGUAUGUACAGUUGAAGUCGGAAGUCACAUACACUUAGGUUGGAGUCAUUAAAACUCGUUUUUCAACCACUCCACAAAUUUCUUGUUAACAAACUAUAGUUUUGGCAAGUCGGUUAGGACAUCUACUUUGUGCAUGACACAAGUAGUUUUUCCAACAAUUGUUUACAGACAGAUUAUUUCACUUAUAAUUCACUGUAUCACAAUUCCAGUGGGUCAGAAGUUUACAUAUACUAAGUUGACUGUGCCUUUAAACAGCUUGGAAAAUUCCAGAAAAUGAUGUCAUGGCUUUAGAAGCUUCUGAUAGGCUAAUUGACAUCAUUUGAGUCCAUUGGAGGUGUACCUGUGGAUGUAUUUCAAGGCCUACCUUCAAACUCAGUGCCUCUUUGCUUGACAUCAUGGGAAAAUCAAAAGAAAUCAGCCAAGACCUCAGAAAAGAAACUGUAGUCCUCCACAAGUCUGGUUCAUCCUUGGGAGCAAUUUCCAAAUGCCUGAAGGUACCACGUUCAUCUGUACAAACAAUAGUACACAACUAUAAACACCAUGGGACCACGCAGCCGUCAUACCGCUCAGGAAGGAGACGCGUUCUUUCUGCUAGAGAUGAACGUACUUUGGUGCAAAUCAAUCCCAGAACAACCGCAAAAGACCUUGUGAAGAUGCUGGAGGAAACAGGUUCAGAAGUAUCUAUAUCCACAGUAAAAUGAGUCCUAUAUCGACAUAACCUGAAAGGCCGCACAGCAAAGAAGAAGCCACUGCUCCAAAACCUCCAUAAAAAAGCCAGACUACGGUUUGCAACUGCACAUGGGGACAAAGAUCGUACUAUUUGGAGAAAUGUCCUCUGGUCUGAUGAAACAACAAUAGAACUGUUUGGCCAUAAUGACCAUCCAGGGGGCUGCUUGCAAGCCGAAGAACACCAUCCCAACCGUGAAGCAUGGGGGUGGCAGCAUCAUGCUGUGGGGGUGCAUUGCUGCAGGAGGGACUGGUGCACUUCACAUAAUAGAUGGCAUCAUGAGGAAGGAAAAUUAUGUGGAUAUAUUGAAGUAACAUCUCAAGACAUCAGUCAGGAAGUUAAAGCUUGGUCGCAAAUGGGUCUUCCAAAUGGACAAUGACCCCAAGCAUACUUCCAAAGUUGUGGCAAAAUGGCUUAAGGACAACAAAGUCAAGGAAUUGGAGUGGCCAUCACAAAGCCCUGACCUCAACCCUAUAGAACAUUUGUGGGCAGAACAGAAAAAGCGUGUGCGAGCAAGGAGGCCUACAAACCUGACUCAGUUACACUAGCUCUGUCAUGAGGAAUGGGCCAAAAUUCACCCAACUUAUUGUGGGAAGCUUGUGGAAGGCUACCCGACACAUUUGACCCAAGUUAAACAAUUUAAAGGCAAUGCUACCGAAUACUAAUUGAGUGUAUGUAAACUUCUGACCCACUGGGUAUGUGAUGAAAUAAAUAAAAGCUGAAAUAAAUCAUUCUCUCUACUAUUAUUCGGACAUUUCACAUUCUUAAAAUAAAGUGGUGAUCCUAACUGACGUAAAACAGGGAAUUUUUACUAGGAUUAAAUGUCAGGAAUUGUGAAAAACUGAGUUUAAAUGUUUUUGGCUAAUGUGUAUGUAAACUUCCGACUUCAACUGUAUGUACAGUGAGGGGAAAAAAGUAUUUGAUCCCCUGCUGAUUUUGUACGUUUGCCCACAGAUAAAGGCAUGAUCAGUCUAUCAUUUUAAUGGUAGGUUUAUUUGAACAGUGAGAGACAGAAUAACAACAAAAAAAUCCAGAAAAACACAUGUCAAAAAUGUUAGAAAUUGAUUUGCAUUUUAAUGAGGGGAAAUAAUUAUUUGACCCCUCUGCAAAACAUGACUUAGUACUUGGUGGCAAAACCCUUGUUGGCAAUCAGAGGUCAGACGUUUCUUGUAGUUGGCCACCAGGUUUGCACACAUCUCAGGAGGGAUUUUGUCCCACUCCUCUUUGCAGAUCUUCUCCAAGUCAUUAAGGUUUCGAGGCUGACGUUUGGCAACUCAAACCUUCAGCUCCCUCCACAGAUCUUCUAUGGGAUUAAGGUCUGGAGACUGGCUAGGCCACUCCAGGACCUUAAUGUGCUUCUUCUUGAGCCACUCUCUUGUUGCCUUGGCCGUGUGUUUUGGGUCAUUGUCAUGCUGGAAUACCCAUCCACGACCCAUUUUCAAUGCCCUGGCUGAGGGAAGGAGGUUCUCACCCAAGAUUGGACGGUACAUGGCCCCGUCCAUCGUCUCUUUGAUGCGGUGAAGUUGUCCUGUCCCCUUAGCAGAAAAACACCCCCAAAGCAUAAUGUUUCCACCUCCGUGUUUGACGGUGGGGAUUGUGUUCUUGGGGUCAUAGGCAGCAUUCCUCCUCCUCCAAACACGGCGAGUUGAGUUGAUGCCAAAGAGCUCAAUUUUGGUCUCAUCUGACCACAACACUUUCACCCAGUUCUCCUCUGAAUCAUUCAGAUGUUCAUUGGCAAACUUCAGACGGCCCUGUAUAUGUGCUUUCUUGAGCAGGGGGACCUUGCGGGCGCUGCAGGAUUUCAGUCCUUCACGGCGUAGUGUGUUACCAAUUAUUUUCUUGGUGACUAUGGUCCCAGCUGCCUUGAGAUCAUUGAGAAGAUCCUCCCGUGUAGUUCUGGGCUGAUUCCUCACCGUUCUCAUGAUCAUUGUAACUCCACGAGGUGAGAUCUUGCAUGGAGCCCCAGGCUGAGGGAGAUUGACAGUUAUUUUGUGUUUCUUCCAUUUGCGAAUAAUCGCACCAACUGUUGUCACCUUCUUGUCACCAAGCUGCUUGGCGAUGGUCUUGUAGCCCAAUCCAGCAUUGUGUAGGUCUACAAUCUUGUCCCUGACAUCCUUGGAGAGCUCUUUGGCCUUGGCCAUGGUGGAGAGUUUGGAAUCUGAUUGAUUGAUUGAUUGCUUCUGUGGACCGGUGUCUUUUUAUACAGGUAACAAGCUGAGAUUAGGAGCACUCCCUUUAAGAGUGUGCUCUUAAUCUCAGCUCGUUACCUGUAUAUAAGACACCUGGGAGCCAGAAAUCUUUCUGAUUGAGAGGGGGUCAUACUUAUUUCCCUCAUUUAAAAUGCAGCUCAAUUUAUAACAUUUUUGACAUGCGUUUUUCUGGAUUUUUUUGUUGUUAUUCUGUCUCUCACUGUUCAAAUAAACCUACCAUACAAAUUAUAGACUGAUCAUUUCUUUGUCAGUGGGCAAACGUACAAAAUCAGCAGAGGAUCAAAUACGUUUUUCCCUCACUGUGUGUGUGUGUGUCAAAAGUUCAUUCUUUAUUUUUACUAUUUUCUACAUUGUAGAAUAAUAGUAAAGACAUCAAAACUAUGGAAUCAUGUAGUAAACAAAAAAGUGUUAAACAAAUCAAAAUAUAUUUUAUAUUUGAGAUUCUUCAUAGUAGCCACCCUUUGUAGCCAACCUGGCCAACCUGGCACCAUCCCUAAGGUGAAGCGUGGUGGUGACAGCAUCAUGCUGUGGGGAUGUUUUUCAGCGGCAGGGACUGGGAGAUCAGUCAGGAUCGAGGGAAAGAUGAACAGAGCAAAGUAUAGAAAGAUCCUUGAUGGAAACCUGCUCCACAGUGCUCAGGACCUCAGACUGGGGCGAAGGUUCACCUUCCAACAGGACAACGACACUAAGCACACAGCCAAGACAAUGCAGGAGUGGCUUCGGGACAAGUCUCUGAAUGUCCUUGAGUGGCCCAGCCAGAGAGAAACUCCCCAAAUACAGGUGUGCCAAGCUAGUAGCGUCAUACCGAAGAAGACUCGAGGCUGUAAUCGCUGCCAAAGGUGCUUCAACAAAGUACUGAGUAAACUGAAACUUAUGUAAAUGUAAUAUUUAAUAUUUGCAUAAAAAUCAAUCUGUUUUUGCUUUGUCGUUAUGGGGUAUUGUGUGUAGAUUGAGGGGGGAAAAUAACAAUUUAAUCAAUUUCAGAAUAAGGCUGUAAUGUAACAAAAUGUGGAAAAAGUGAAGGGGUCUGAAUACUUACAGAAUGCACUGUAUAUGCGUACAGGAGGAGGCUAAUUCGUACAUUUUAUCUCCGAAUAUUUUGUAUAAAGAUGAGCAUUAUAUUGUUAGAUUAUAGGAGUAACUCUGGUAGGCUUGAAACAGUCUUCCUCACCUCAAGUUCAACUGUUGGAGUCAGUUGGAGCGCCUGGGCGCACUGCCUUCAUAUCAUAGGCCUGCAGUAUAAUAGUCUAAUAACCACACAACUUUCACAAGUUUCUUAACUUAAUUAGGGUAAUACAAAAAAUAAGUUAAGCCAUUGUUUAUAGGGAAAAUACGAGCAGGCUAUUAUAUUGCGGCAAACACAGCAUUACAGUUGGAACUUAAUUUGGCCAAAGAAAAUGGCUCAACAGAAUGAAACAAAACACUUGCGGACUGGUUUAAACCUUCACAAUAUUCUUUGUCCUCUAACUUGUGUUUUACUUCAAUGAAAAAGGCCUACAUUUCCACAAUCAACAGUAGCCUAUUUGGAGUUUAGGCUAUGAUAGACAGACUCCUGGACAAUUUGGCCCGCUACAAUUUUUUUUAUUGGCUAAUGGGAAACCUGUGUGUGUGUGUGUGUGUUUUGCUGCUGCAGCAGGAUUAACUCGGAGUUUUGCCCACACACACACACACCCUUGCGUAACCCCAAACAGCUGGAGAUGCUCUUCACUUUUUUUCUCCCAACUUUUAUGUAAUAUAAUAUGGUGUGUGGUUAUAUCACUGGGUCCUACAGUUGGCUAGCAGCUAGCCUGUGUUAGUUAGCCAGAAUGUGUUGUCAUACUCUAAACCAGGGCUCUCCAACCCUAUUCCUGGACAGCUACUGUCCUGUAGGUUUUCAGUCCAACCGUAAUUUAGCGCACCUGAUUCUAAUAAUUAGCUGGUUAAUAUACUGAGUCAGGUUAGUUAUAACUGGAGUGGGAGUGAAAACCUACAGGAGGGUAGCUCUCCAGGAACAGGGUUGGAGAGCCCUGCUCUAAAUUGACUUAUUUUUCAUCUUCCAACUUGAGAGAAGAUGAUUGUCUGUGUUAGUAGAGGGGUCGUUCUUGAAUUGCAGUGGCAUUUGCAUCCAUUAUUUUAGCAACAAUUAAAAACACUUUAAAAUGGCGUAGUUACACAUCAUCCAUGUUUUUGUUUAUAUUGAACUGUUUAUCAAUGAUAAAACAUAAUGCAAGUCCUUUAUAGUGUAAAACUCCUAUUUUUAUGCAUUGUUUAAAGUACUUAGGGCAAGCAAAUUGGCUUGUCCCAGGACUGAUGAGUAGAGUUGUAGUGACAUGUUUUGGGGAUUUAGAUAUCUAUUAUUUAGAAUUCUAGAAUGUAACAAAAGUAUUUUUAAUGCAUUUUACUCUGCUAACUUCUGGAAGAAGAUGUUUGUCUAUCUUAGGGCUCCCCCAAUCGAUUGGUUGAAAUUUCAAAAAUGUGUAUUUUUCCAUAUAUAGACACAUCUUAUGUGUUUUAAUUGCUCCUGUAAGUCGUUCUGGAUAAGAGCGUCUGCUAAAUGACAAAAAAUGUAAAUGUAAAAUUUUAAUCAAAUCAACUAUAUAUAUGCACUGAGUUUGUCUGAUGCUUUAAGCGCACUGUUUGAUGAAAUAAUUAAGACACAGAUGACUAGAGGGAGUCCGACCAGCAAUUGAUUUGAUUGUGCCGGGCCGGGCUCAGACUUGCUGCGCUGUGUAAAAAAAAAAAAAAGACUGAGUGACUGUGUGACUAGCACCUGUUGUCUCUCUCUCCUCCCUGCUGCAGCGACCACCAAAGAACAUCAACAGUGUUUAUCGCACUGUCCGUGUUGCUGAAGCUGCAACAUAAUUACAUAAAUUUUUGACUGAAAAGUUCUGUUACCGAAAUCCCUCAUUUAUAUAGGAAAAACAUUCCCCAUUCCCUCAACCAUUGCUCUCUUUGUGACACGUAUGCACGUAACCAUAGGCCUGACCUAUAGAAUAUCAUAACAUUCAUAAAUUGGUUAUAACAAACUCCGAACACCGUAACACGUGACAGAAAAAUUUAUGCAAUGGCGUGACAAAUAAACUCGAAACAGGAGAAUGUUUGGUUGCUCAGGAGGGAAAGAUGUGUGGAAUAAAUGUGACUAAAAACAGUCGCAUGCAUUCGUGAAUGCAAUUGCUGACGUGGAAUGGUUUAUUUAUUGUUUACGCUAAUUAUUCAAGGGUCUCUUUGUUUUAUUUUAUUUAAAACUGAAAUGCUUGAUUUGCAUUUCAAAUAAUGAAUGACUCGUAUGAUGUGUGAUGACACGAAUGACUGAAUGAUUGAUACAGUAGCCUAUAUCCAGUGCCUUCGGAAAGUAUUCAGACCCCUUGACUUUUUCCACAUUUUGUUAUGUUACAACCUUAUUCUAAAAUGGACUAAAUAAAAAUAAAAAUCCUCAGCAAUCCACACACAAUACCCCAUAAUGACAAAGCGCAAAUUUUGCGCAUUUAUUACAAAUAAAAAAAACUGAGAUACCUUAUUUACAUAAGUAUUCAGACCCUUUGCUAUGAGACUCGAAAUUGAGCUCAGGUGCAUCCUGUUUCCAUUGAUCAUCCUUUAGAUGUUUCUACAUCUUGAUUGGAGUCCAUCUGUGGUGAAUUCAAUUGAUUGGAUAUGAUUUGGAAAGGCACACACCUAUCUAUAUAAGGUCCCACAGUUGACAGUGCAUGUCAGAGCAAAAACCAACCCAUGAGGUCGAAGGAAUUGUCCAUAGAGCUCCGAGACAGGAUUGUGUCGAGGCACAGAUCUGGGGAAGGGUACCAAAAAAAAAUCUGCAUCAUUGAAGGUCCCCAAGAACACAGUGGCCUCUGUCAUUCUUAAAUGGAAGAAGUUUGGAACCACCAAGACUCUUCCUAGAGCUGGCCGCCCAGCCAAACUGAGCAAUAGGGGGAGAAGGGUCUUGGUUAGGGAGGUGACCAAGAACCUGAUGAUCACUCCGACAGAGCUCUAGAAUUCCUCUGUGGAGAUGGAAGAACCUUCCAGAAGGACAACCAUCUCUGCAGCACUCCAACAAUCAGGCCUUUAUGGUAGAGUGACCAGACGGAAGCCACUCCUCAGUAAAAGACCCAUGACAGCCCACGUUUUCUGAUGAAACCAAGAUUGAACUCUUUGGCCUGAAUGCCAAGCGUCACAUCUGGAGGAAACCUGGCACCAUUCCUACGGUGAAGCAUGGUGGUGGCAGCAUCAUGCUGUGGGGAUGUUUUUCAGCGGCAGAGAGAGAUCCUUGACGAAAACCUGCUCCAGAGCGCUCAGGACCUCAGACUGGGGAGAAAGUUCACCUUCCAACAGGACAACGACCCUAAGCACACAGCCAAGACAAUACAGGAGUGGCUUCGGGACAAGUCUCUGAAUGUCCUUGAGUGGCCCAGCCAGAGCCUGGACUUGAACCAUAUCAAACAUCUCUGGAGAGACCUGAAAAUAGCUGUGCAGCAACACUCCCCAUCCAACCUGACAGAGCUUGAGAGGAUCUGCAGAGAAGAAUGUGAGAAACUCCCCAAAUACAAGUGUGCAAGCUUGUAGCGUCAUACCCAAGAAGACUUGAGGCUGUAAUCGCUGCCAAAGGUGCUUCAACAAAGUACUGAGUAAAGGGUCUGAAUACUUCUGUAAAUGUGACAUUUCCGUUCUUUUAUUUGUAAUACAUUUGCUAAAAUGUCUAAACCUGUUUUUUCUUUGUCAUUAUGGGGUAUUGUGUGUAGAUUGAGGGGGAAAAACUAUUUAAUACAUUUUAGAAUAUGACAAAAUGUGGAAAUAGUCAAGGGGUUCUGAAUACUUUCCGAAGGCACUGUAAGUAUUUAAAUAUAGGUCUAAGUAAGUUACGGUAUUAAGACUGAACAGGAUGCGCUCUUUGGCCUACAGCUCAAUGGUGGUUAUACAAGGCUGCUAUACUAAGCCUACUAAUGAUAAUGAUAAUUACUUAUUAUAAUGAUGAUCAUAAACGUAAUAACAAUAAGGAGAUCAAGGAGGAGGGAUAUUAGGCUAUUAUUAUUAUUAUUAUUAUUAUUAUUAUUAUUAUUAUUAUUAUACAUUUUCGGACAAUUUGGAACAGUGUAAACAGCACAAUAAAUAAGUAAUACCAGAGGCCGUUCUAACAGAAAAUAGUGUAAAGCCUUUAUUACAGCAUAGCAAAGAUUAAACACGGCUGAAUUUGUGAAAUUGUUUAGCCGACGUGGUUGUGUGAGGCUUGGUGAUCACGGAAUCAGUAGGCUAUUAAACAAACACUCAAACAGGCAACAGAAGCAGGAUCUGUCUUAUUUCUGUAGAUAUCUAUGGAUGAUUGAUAAAGCCAGGCACAUUUAACAGUUAGGCUAUUGAUUAUAGACCUAAUUAAGUUGGUUUCCGCACUUUUCUUAGACAAUAAGGCAAGGGCUGUUUUCUCAUCUCCUCAUUCUGCUGCUGCCUCCGCCGCAUUGUUCUCAACACCAAUAUGCUGGUUAACUUUGCUAUUAUGCACAUAGCAACAUGGUCUAGGUCUAGGAAAAGGAUAAGAGCAUCUGCUAAAUGACUAGAAUGUUAAAUGUAAAAGGAACCAAUUCAACAGCGUACUGAUGUUUCAGAACCGCGGACAGCCACCGCGAUCCAAUGCGGGAGAAAGCGCAGUUGUUAUAAAAUAAUAUUAUUUUAAUUAGUGUUGCAUCAUUGUUCUUAUGUAAUAUAACCGUAUACAAUUUCAGUAGCACGUCUUAGAGUGAUGGACUGUGCCGUCCCCACGGCCUCCACAAUGGAUCAGUCCACUCAGACAGGAGCCAAUCAGACAGGUGUCCUGUACACCAUGAUUUGUAUUUAUUUUUGCUCCUGCUGGACUAAAGAAAUGUCGGUCAACCAACAGCCUAUCGACCAAAUAAUCGACCAGUGAACUAAAUGGGGUCAGUCCUAGUCUAUCUACAGGUAGCUGCCAAAAUAAAGGAAAUACUUGAGGGGUUCUAGUGGCUCUAUUAUGAUGGUUUUCCUGGCAUGGUUUAGGUCCACUCAACCCCUUAGAGGGCAAACACCAAUAGAUACACAGCCAUUCUGAGUGAUCACCUUCAACCUAUGGUGAAGCAUUUCUAUCCUGAUGGGAGUGGUCUCUUCCAGCAUGACAAUGACCCCAUCCACAGGGUUCGAGUGGUCACUGAAUGGUUUGAUGAGCAUGAAAACUAUGUAAACCAUAUGCCAUGGCCGUCUCAGUCACCAGAGCUCAACCCAAUUGAACACUUUCUGGAGCGCCGCCUGAGACAGCGUUUUCCACCACCAUCAACAAAACACCAAAUUAUGGAAUUGCUCAUGGAAGAAUGGUGUCGUAUCCCUCCAGUAGAGUUCCAGACACUUGUAGAAUCUAUGCCAAGGCGCAUUGAAGCUGUUCUGGCUCGUGGUGGCCCAACAGCAUAUUAAGAUGCUUUAUGUUGGUGUUUCCUUUAUUUUGGCAGUUACCUGUCAGUGUUAGUGAGGCUGUGUUAAUACUCUAUAUUGGUUUGUCUGUGUUAGUAGCGAGGCUGUGUGUUAAUACUCUAUUGGUUUGUCUGUGUUAGUAGUGAGGCUGUUUUUUAAUACUCUGCGCUGGUUUCCUCUCCUCAGGGAACAGAAGGAUCCAGUGUAUCUGCGGGACAAGGUCUCACAAAAACAUUCCAAGGAGCAGUUUGAGGUUGCACAGAAGAUAGAGCAGGAGUAUAGCACAUUCUUUACAGGUUGGUAUUCAACGCAUGUUGCACGGUCUCUGUUUCCCUUUGGCUGUGUGUGUGGCUGUGUGUGUCAUCUUCCGUUCCUAGUUAACCCUUCGCUUCCUGUAUCUUUCCAGGUAUUGUCCAGGGCGGCACUCUGCCCUACAUUUGCACUCAGAUCAUGACUAUAGUUGACCAGGAACAGAGUAAGGUCCUGUGGACUCCCCUUGGCUGCCCCUAGAGGGUGGAGGCCACCACUGCACCCUUCUCCCCUAGAGGGUGGAGGCCACCACUGCACCCUUCUCCCCUAGAGGGUGGAGGCCACCACUGCACCCUUCUCCCCUAGCCUAGGGUGAAGGCCACCACUGCACCCUUCUCCCCUAGCCUAGGGUGAAGGCCACCACUGCACCCUUCUCCCCUAGAGGGUGGAGGCCACCACUGCACCCUUCUCCCCUAGAGGGUGGAGGCCACCACUGCACCCUGCUCCCCUAGAGGGUGGAGGCCACCACUGCACCCUGCUCCCCUUGGCUGCACCUAGAGGGUGAAGGCCACCACUGCACCCUGCUCCCCUUGGCUGCCCCUAGAGGAUGGAGGCCACCAUUGCACCCUGUUGCACUGCGCCUCUACCCUCUCCACUCACAACAAACACUAAAAAACCUUCCACACUAUACCUACAGGUACACUACAGUGAGCUUCUACACAUGUAAACUAUAUAUUUUUGUUCUAUUGUUUUUAGAAUGUUGAUUUAACCAGAGCCUCCUCUUCUUCUCUGUGUAAUCUGUAGCAGGUUGGUAGCACUGACAGGUGGUGUUACACUUCAUUUGGUCUUCCCUAAGGGUUUUAGGUUGGUGUUUCUGUAAAGCUGCGUUGUAAGCAGCCGUUUACAGUUAACAAAUCAGUCUGAGUAUUGUUAUUAAAUGUUCUGCUGGAAUGUGUGUUAAACCCCCCUGACCCAGAAUCAGCCCUUAAAGCAAACCUAUGUACCAAAUGACAUCACCCUGUUUUACACACCCUGUUCAAUGACUGACAACUAAUAAUGUGGAAUAGUAACUGUGUGUGCGUAUGAGUCGUGUGUGUAUGAGCGAGAGAGUAAUAUUAUUGAUAAAUUGUAAUGACUUUGUUGGUUGAAUUGAAACAUGGUCUUUGAUAUUGGUAUGAAGUUGACGCCAUAUAAACGUUACCUGUAGAACAGAUAAACCUCUCCAAGCGAUAUCUGUCUUAUUGGUCUUCUGUCAAAAAUGUUUUAUCCAAAAGGUGAUUUUGGAUGGGUCAAAUCAAUCAAUAUUUUACAGCUUUCAAUCAGACCAAACUUUGAUGUGCAUCACGUGUGUAACUGUGUGUCAAUAAAUUCAAUUGUGUUUCUAUAGCAAAGCAAAAGCAAUGAAAAUCACACAUGGCAGUAGCGAAUGAUGUCUGGUCUACUCGUUGCGUUUCUAUGGUCACUGCACGGGAGUGGACAGUUUACAGGCUUAUCGGAAGUGCCUUCCGUUGGAGACAGGCCCCAUUCCUUACCAUUUCAGAUCUGAUGGAACAGGAUAAGAAGAAGCAAUAUGGAGGUAGAAGCUCCCCACUGCCCAUUGGAAGGCUAGCUGGAGACAUCACCAUGUUGUUUACACCCAUCUGGUACCUUCAGAUCUGCAAACACCAUAGAGUUAACAUUAGCGUUGCAAAAUUCCGGGAACUUUCACAAAAUUCCCUGGUUUUCCCGAAAUCCCACUAUAGAUCUGCAAACAAACACAAGAGCGUAUGACAAUAGCAAGGUUGUGAGAGUAGGCCAGACGGCGACCACCUCAGAAUGCACUCCAGGGCUAGACAGACCACUGUGUCUCCAUCACAUUAUCUGUCACAUAUUUAAAGACUAUAUAUGUGUGUGUGUGUGUGUGUGUGUGUACAUACCUCACAGGCACUUGAGUACCUCUAUGUAGGGCCUAUGGACUGUACAGUAUGCAGAUGAAUUAUUCUAUAGUACAUGUAUUUUGACUAGGUCUCAGGCCUAUGGAAGUUCAGUAGUCAUGUCUUAGCAGGUAUUAGCAUGUUUUUUUUAAACUGUUUUGUUUUUGUUUUUAAAUGUACUCACAAACCAGAAAGACACCAUGGAGAAAAUGUGCAGGGUAAAAUCAUUCUUAACAUUUUUUGUUCUUAAUAAAACUGUUUAAAUGUUAGUGAUUUUUUUCAUUGUUAUUUAAUGUCUUUUUAUUUUAUUUUAUCUAAGAGGCACAAACACAUUCUCCUGCAUCCUAAUGUGCCAAAAUCCAGCAUGUCAGUUUUAUCUUUUUAUUUCUGUUUUGCACUUGUUAUUCUGUGGACCUUAACAAAUAGUUCCUAGGUUUCCCAGUAGACUUUAUAAAUAAAUAGGUACUAAUAUUAUAAUUUUUACUGUAACUAAUUCACAUUUUAAAUGUAUCACGUCAUUUCCUUACAUUUCAUUGGCCUUUUUGAUUCUUUAAUAACCUUGAUUAGAAAACAACAGACAGAUUGCUCCUCCAUAUUUACAUUCUCGAUGAAAAAGGGAUUUCUUGCACAUUUUUUCAAAGAAAAAUCGGAUCUGAAGUUUGACUAUUGGGCUAUAUGAUUAGGCAUAUUAAGUACAAUUGUAAUGUACCUUUUUUGGAGUAGAUAGAGAUAUGGUUUAGAAUGAGAAGAGGGAUACCAUGUGACAUGGUUGUAUUUCUAAGAAGAAUGACUAGCUGCCAGGUACUGUUCUGCGCUUUUCUUUAUUUUCUUUUUAAAAUAAUGUGAUUGGUAUCAAAUGUUGAGACAUUAACAUGAGAAUAAAAGUCAUUUUCUCUAUCACAACUACAUGGCUUCUGUGUCAGACUUAUUACUGGGGACUUACACUUGGCAAGACUAUCAGCGACCUAGUUGCUAGUGACCAGUAAUUUUCAAUGGAGGAAGACACGAGGAGACACACAGAGACUUAACGGUUGGCGACCAGAGAGCUAGCUACCAGUGUUCAACGUUUCACAAGUUUAUGCAAAUUUCAACUACGUGACUGCACAACAGCCAAUCGGGAGACUGCAGCUCUUGCAAGCAAGCUUUAACAUUGGCUAACGACCAAACUGCCGUCAUGCUGCAUGCUGUUAAGGAUACACCCACCUGGGGAGAUCUCCACGACUUGAUCGCUGAUUGUCUCUGCAAGUGGGAGUCCCCAGUUAUUCGUGUCUCUCACAAUCUCUCCCUGUUCUUGAAUGAGUUACAGUUAGCAACCUUGUUUCAUUCAGUACUAGGAAAUAUUAAAAUGUAGACCACUUAAUACUUUUCAACCAUCCCUGUCUGGAAAUAGAAUAUAGUAGAUAUUGUCCAUUUUGCAUUGAAAAGGUAUCCAACCAGACACCACACACAGUUACCUAAAGGGCAGCUUUGGCCCCUGAUGGUCUGGCAGCUGUAUGAGAAUGCACAGCGGAUCCAGAGAGGACAGAUCCCCAGCAAAUACAUGUAAGACCCACACUGCACAGGGGUUUAUUUUGAUAUAAAGCAGAUUUUGCUCAGGAAAAUGCAGUUAUUCACGUUCCAAAAUAUCUGAUGCCCCUAAAAUCUGCCGCCCUUGACAGAUGCACUAUAAUGAAAUAAUUAUAAUUUAGCUGAAAGCAGCAGAGUAAACGAACAUCCAUCAAUUUUUCUGUGCAGAGAAUGAGAUAAGGAAGACCGUAUCUCUGGAUCACCGUAGAGAUAUGGCCUCGCCUCAGAAAUGACAAAGCUCUCUACACAUUCCUCUGCAUUCAGACCGACAUCCCUAACCAAGAUGUACUAGUAGAGCAACAAUCAACCAGGUUUUUCACUUUCACCCAUCCAGUCCUCUGACUCCUCUCCCAUCAGUAUACAGGAUGGGAAGAAAACAUGGGAAAGACUGAAUGGUAGAUGGAGAACAGGGUCAUGUUAUUUUACUGAAUGACUUUGUUCUGGCCAAAGAGUUUGCCAACAAUGAAAAUGGCUAAAUUUCCCCCCCAAAUUUAAUUCAUAUGGGAUUGUAUUCAGUUUGGGGAAAUUAUUCAAUUACAAUAUUCUCACUACUGAUAAACUACAGUAUCUUCACUGUCAGUAAAUCCAAGAAACGUGGUUUUCUUAGACACAUUUCUAUACGGUCCAGUACCAGAAAUGCACGCUGUGUGAUUCCUCAUUCCAUCAAGUUAGGUAGCCUCUAGCUACACCAGAUCUGAUUGGUGGAUUGGGCUUCCAAUGCUCGAGGUCACUUCCUCAAAGCUGUAACUAAGGUCACAUGGUCUUCUUCCCAUGAUGUUCACCGAGAUAAUUGUCCUCCGGCUCCCUGACCUGCUCAUUGGGGCGAGAGAUGGCCCCAUGACCCACCUACCCAUUAUACCCUGUCCCUCUUGCCAGGCCCUGGGACCAACCCUCAAUUAUCUUGCUCCUCCUCCUCCCCAAAGUGUACACUCUUUCACUCCCUAUCAAAGAUUUGAAAGAAUAUAAUAUUAUUUACAAUGAUGUACACAAUCAGCUUGGUUGAUGUAUUAGGAGGAAGUUUCCCACCAUAUUCCAUAGAAUAGGAAUACUGUUGUUGUUGUCAUGGAAAGCUUGGUACCCAAAUGGAGACCAGUUUGUCAGAUGCGUGUACCAAAUACAUAUUAUGAACUGUGUCAUUCCUCCUCAGACGUCAACCCUCCCCUAGCCAAGCGUCACCCCUCCUCCUCAACUCUCACCCCUUCCCUGAUUGUUUCAACUCAACCCUGCAUUAGUAAAGCCUCACCUCUCAAGCUAACUUUGAUGAACGUUCAGAAAUAAUUUAGGAUUUUCUGGUUCAUUAUGAAUAUAAUCACUGUUCCAAUAAAGGCAAAUCACCAUUUGUCAUGUUUUCUGCUACGUUAGGUUAGGGCCCCCAUGAUAGUCAGGGCCCCCCCAGAUAGCACAUGAACACAUCCGUUGAGGGCCCCCCCAGAUAGCACAUGAACACAUCCGUUGAGGGCCCCCCCAGAUAGCAUAUGAACACAUCUGUUGAGGGCCCCCCCAGAUAGCAUAUGAACACAUCCGUUGAGGGCCCCCCCAGAUAGCAUAUGAACACAUCCGUUGAGGGCCCCCCCAGAUAGCAUAUGAACACAUCCGUUGAGGGCCCCCCCAGAUAGCAUAUGAACACAUCCGUUGAGGGCCCCCUAUACAUCUUCCUCGUUAUGCUCGCUAUACCACAGAAGAUCGUUAAAGCUGAUUUAUGACAUCUCCAUUUAGAAUUAAAUCAAACCGCUUAUAAAGACAUACAGUACAUCAAAGCUAUAUUCUGCCAAUCGGCUUGUCUCCAACCUUUCACAGCCCAUCCCCAAGACUGCAGAUUCAGUUAGGACAGCUAUUACAGUUGAGGGAAUAAUCGUUCCUAACACUAUAAAUCAGCAGCAUAUAGCUCACACUGUAUAUCUUCUUUACACAUCAGUUAAACUGGAUGUGUGUUUACGUUCUAAAUCAAAACGGUGUGACCAGGAGAUCCUGUGUCAUAGUAACUAACACCCUAACUAAGACCAACACACUCACACGCCAAUAAAUACAUGGAGUGUAUGAAUGAAUGAACGAAUGCAUGACGGAAUGGAUGAAUUAAUUAAUUAAUGAGUGGAUAGAUUAAUGAAUAAAUGAGUGAGUGAGUGAGUGAGUGAGUGAGUGAGUGAGUGAGUGAGUGAGUGAGUGAGUGAAUGAAUGAAUGAAUGAAUGAAUGAAUGAGUGGAUGGAUGAAUGAGUGAGUGGAUGGAUGGAUGAAUUAAAGGAUACAUGAAUGACGGAAUGGAUGGAUCACUGAAUGAGUGGAUUAAUUAAUUAAUAGUUGUUAUAAACCAUUGAUAAAGCAUGGAUAUAGUAAUUUUGUUGGCUUAGCUGUCAAUAUUAUGUUAUCAAAAUCAACAUUUAUUUGGCAUACGCAAAGGAUACAGUGGGGUUUAUACGGGAAUAUGACAUUGCAUUGUAUCGUGUUCUAUUGAAGUAACAAUUGGUUUUAUGUUUUCCCACACAGGGCCAACAACCCCCAAAGACUCGGACUUGUCCCUCCUGUCCCACUACCAAUCACGUAAAAGGUUCUCCCAGUGCAAAGGGCUUGGUAGGAAACUUUUGUUAAUGAAGAAUGGCAGACAUUAUGCUAGUUACGUAUUAUUAAGUAUUUUCCCUUUUCCUGAUGAAACUUGAGAAAUGAAUAUACAAUUAUAUAGAGGGUUCUACAUGGAACCCAAAGGGUUCUACCUGAAACCAAAAAGGGUUCUACCUGGAACCAAAAAAGGGUUCUCCUAUGGGGACAGCCGAAGAACCGUUUUGGAAUCCUUUUCCUACAAGUGUACCUCCUCUCUCUCAGGUGAGACCAUGGCCAGUAUAUUACCUACCUCUCUCUCAGGUGAGACCAUGGCCAGUAUAUUACCUACCUCUCUCUCAGGUGAGACCAUGGCCAGUAUAUUACCUACAUCCUCUCUC